AUGCGCGUGUCUGCGUGUGUGUGGAUACGUCAGUGUGUGUAUGUGUGUGGAGAGCAAAUCGAGAUACAGUAGUAACCCAGAGUGAGGUGGCAGUCUUAUUCCACAUCGACACUGACUUGCCCCGCAUACAUCCUAUCUGUCUCUAUAUCGCGAACGCACUUCCAGGAGUGAAAGGAGGAGAGAGUAAAGAUGGCAUCUGGACGUGAACGAUCCGGGAUCUAGUCUUGUAUUUUUUCUAUUAGAUUCCACGCAGCGCAAUUGACUGGCCGUGCAAGGUAUUUUAUUUAAAGUGUUAAGAGCGGAUUUAUUUCCCACAGAGAUCAGGUCUGAGCACUUUCUCCUUGCCAUUGAUCUUUACUGGCUGGCUUGAGACUCUUGCAGCAGGAUGGGAUUUGGUCAAGCGGCUAUUCAUGAAGGAGUAGUAUGUUAGAAUGAAGAGCAGCAAACAUCUGAGUUUAAAUGGCUCUGUAAUCUUAACGAGGAGCGUCAUUGACAGGAAUAAGCUUAACCUCCACACUUAUCCGCUGUGCUGUAGGUUGUAAUUAAACUUAUGUAAACUCUAACUGAACGUGUUGGUUCAUUUUCCUCUCUUUUUGUCCUCAACAGGCGUUAAUAACUAAGUUGCUCCUUGUUGGAAUAGCAACAAAGGACGGGAGCGCGCAUUCAUGGGACGCGACUUUGACAGCUCUUGAUUUCUUCUCGUGUAACUUUAUUGCCUGGCUGCAAGGGGUGAGAUUGUGACCGGAGUAGGUAGAUCAUGGCUGAGGCUCAGCUCCCCGACCCACUCCCGGACUUGGACGUGGCCAUCGACCCGGACUUCGAGCCCCAGAAGCGGCCAAGGUCUUGCACCUGGCCGCUUCCUCGGCCGGACUCGAACGCAGGGAAACCUGGGAGUCAUGACACAGAUAUCAUCCCCGAGGAAGAGGACGAUGAGGAGGACAGCGCAACCCCGACAGCCGCUAUCAGUAUCAACGGCUCCGGAGUGGCGACGGAGGACCAGAGUAACAGCAGUAGCCCCGUGCCCGACGGAGCGCUCUCCUCCCCGGGGCAGGAGAGCGGAGGCUCCCCGCUCUCCUCUCACUCCCCGUCAGCCACCUCUGGAGCACUGACCCCCAGCGGUUUGACUGCCCAGCAGACCCCGAGGAAAGCUUCAUCGCGGCGUAACGCCUGGGGGAAUCUCUCUUACGCUGACCUGAUAACCAAAGCCAUUGAGAGCUCCCCGGACAAGAGACUGACACUGUCCCAAAUUUACGACUGGAUGGUCAGAUCCAUCCCCUACUUCAAAGACAAAGGAGACAGCAACAGCUCUGCGGGAUGGAAGGUAGGAGUCCCACUCACCCACUCACCCAGCCCCCCUCCUUCCUCCAUCAAAACAAAAACAAAAAAGCAUGUGGCUUGUAAACCCACUGACGUGCACACUGACAGUCACGCGCACACUAUUAAACCAGGCUGUUUUUACGAGAAAGCCUGGCUUCCAUUAUUCCUCUCAUUAUCAUUCUAAUAGAAAUUACAGAAAAUGUCGUGCAAAUUGGGAAGAAUCACAUCAGGGAGGCAUUAUGAUCAUUAAUCUUUGAAAGUAGCGUGAGGUCAUGUGACCUGCACAUCAUUAUCUCUAAUGAACCAAAACACGAGAUCGUGCACUUAUUCCCAGACACUCAAAGUGCUUCAGACGCCCUUUGUCUUUUUUAUGUGACGUUUCUGGUGUGCAUGUUAUUCCUCUGAGGCCGCAGCCGCUGUCACAUGGCUGGAAUUAGAGCAAGCAGAGACCUUGUAACCGGUUUGUCUGGAAACACAGUAGCCUAUUUUGAGUGACGCAACCCAGGCUUUAACACUGAGGGAACGAUACAAUUACAUAAGAGUUGACUGAACAGCAGCUAAUCCAUUCAUAGGAGCAGGAGUUGGAUGUAAACAAAACGAUUCAACAUUAAUGCUUCUCGGAAGUGUGAAUCCUGAGAAGACCCCUGCACUGUAAAAAAUCUGUGUUACACUUACUCAUCUGAGUGCUGCUGUGGUUGUGAUUGUGAAUGUUGUUUUUGUGGCGAUGCUCUGGUUUUAUAACUUUGUGUUUUUAUAUUUAGAGGCUAAAUUUCUGUCGUACUGUAACCCUGUUUGCAGUUUGUUAUGUAAACCUUGGCGGGGAUCUGUCAGUCUCUUGGGUCAGGUAGACAACUGCCAAGGUUGCUGGUCUGGCCAUGGGGGAAUUACAUAACGGCUGGGUUGCUGUGAGUUUGGGUGAGCUGUUAGAUGAUACCGGGUACCCUCCCCAAAAAAAGACAUAUGGGAACAGAGGAAAAGAGGAGCAGGGAAGGAAGGAGGGGGGCGCAGAAGGCCAGGGAGCAGAGAUUAACACCCAUCAGCGGCUGGAGGAGUUGUCCCACAGGGCAGGGGGCCUAUAUAGACCAAUUUUUUGCAGAGGCUUCUCAAGCUUUUGGUAUGUGAUAUGCUUCAGUGAAGAGCAAAAGUGUGUGUGUGUGUGUGUGUGUGUGUGUGUGUGUGUGUGUGUGUGUGUGUGUGUGUGUGUGUGUGUGGAGCUCCACUAAGUCAAGGCCGGGUUCAUCAUCACCAUGCAGGGCUGUUACCCGAGGAAUUUUGGGCAUGAGGGCCAACCUGUCAGUGGUUUAGAGUUACUCGUGGUCUGUCAAUAAAUCUCAGCUCGCAGCUUUUGCCUUUUUUAGUUUUCUGAUGAAAGACUGUUUUCAUCACAGACUUUAGUUGCAAAUGAGAUGCCAACAUUUCUCUUUGAGAUUCUAUUGCCUAGACUUGUGUAACAUAAGUGAAUGAACUCUGAUGUUUUGCACUUAGCUAGCUUGGACCAAGCACCACACUAUCACUAUCAAACUAUCACAAUGGUUUACAUAAAGGUGAUAUUUGGGGGGCUAACAGAUGAUGGUAUUUAAUUGGUGAAUUCACAAGCAUAUUUGCUGAUACCCAAUACUGUAAUUAAGGAAAUAUCAUCAGCCAGCUCUUAAUUGUGCUUCUCAAAACUCUAGUUUGCUGCUGAGAACAAUCCAACAACAUCCUUAGUGUUGAAGCCAGAGCAUCCUACAAGCUACACUAAGCUUUAGUAAGAAUCCCAUGAAACCCAAGGAGGUCUAGAGAGCCAGGUGUUCAAAAAGGACUACCUCUGUACAGGGACCUUUUUUUUUUUUUCCUGGGCCCCUUCAGUCUUCAGUUCUCUCUCAAAGGCUCUUAGAUUUCACCUCCACACAGCUCUGGGCUUGAACACCUACAGUCUCAUGCAGCCAGGGCACCUUUGUCAAAGAGAUUUGCUGAGCAAAUCCUAGUAAUCCCCCUGGGUUUUUCUCCCAAGUUCCCAAUUACGUCAUGCGGUUUCAUAUCUUUGUUGGUUAGCUAUUAGCUCUAGUAAAUGCAGGCUAGUACAGCCAGGAGGUGCAAGGGUGAAUUUUCACAUGUCAAUACUGCCAAUUUGCUUUAAAUGUUUGUGACAGUGACUUAAUAUUUGAUGAGACAUUGCAGAUUUGUAUGUUUCUGGUGCUAAACAUGAUACCAACAUGGGCCUCUUUAAGGGUUUUUCCAUCAGGACUCUCUAUCCUAGACAUUUAGGUUUGAAGCUGCUAAAAUGUGUGUUAAGAGAGGCUUUGGCGUGGCGGGGGAGUGACGCUCUCCUUCUCAAAAUAGUGCCUGUAAACAUGUCUGUAACACCCUGACUGUGAGUGUGUGUUUGUGUCUGUGUGUGUGUCUUUCACCUGAGUGUCUUUGCAUAAUCAAGAGAUUAGAUGUACCUUUUGUGUAUUUGUGUGCACGUCCACAGGCAAGCACGUAUAUCGGUGCGUGCAUGUGUGUGCAAGUAUUUCUGGCUGCUGUGAACUUUGCGCUCCAGUGUUACUUAACCCUGCAGUAACAGGCUCCCUAUUCCCAGCAGCUGCCCAUCACAGGCCAAGACCCAGUUAUGUCACAGUGACACUCAACACAAACACACACGCAGACACGCACACACACACAUCUGAUAUUCUCAUUUAAGGUUAUGGGGGUUUUACAGCCACACGCACGCACAUUCACAGUACAUACAGUUCUCUCUAACUCAGAUAUGGUUGACAGCUCAAGUUCUCAUGUGUGUUUUUAAACCGGCUAUACAUUCUCACACUAAGAGACAUGUCCAGACACACACGCAGCAGUUCUCUGGUCAUGUUUGGGCUUAUCACCAGGGUUCAUUACUGUGAACGGCUGGUGAGGGUUUCAAUUUAUACACUAGUCUGAAAUUAGCCUGACUCAUUAUAAUUCAUUCGCCAGAUAACUUUUAAUCUGAAAGACCUGGAGGGCUGUAGGAGUAGCAAUCAUUGUCAACACAGGUCUCUUUUUUAACAUAUGUAUUAGUUCUCAAGUCGGUGUUUAAUUGUACAUCACGUUCAGCUCAAACCACUAACCAGUGAGUCAUAACCACAAGUGUUGAACACAGCUUUUUUUUCAUUCAAGCUGUCACUUUACAAAGAGUCCAGAACAGCAGACAGUUCCUAUGCAGGGUUCUUACCACUAUUUGCACAUUGCCCCGUCUGACUUUGUCCUUUGGCGUAUGGAAAACAGGCCCUCAUAAGCCCACCAGGCGUGUUGAUUAUCAUUUUAAUGGCCUAGCGCGCUGAAAGUGUUGAUUCUUUGGGGCUGAAAUUAUUUAUUGUUCCUAUCAGAGCAGGGUGGGCUUGAAAAGAAAAAGAAAAGGGGGCUGAAGAGAAAAAAAGAAAACAACAUUAGUCCCUUUCAUUGGCUGUCCAUCAAUGCAGAGAGGGGUGAUCUUUGUUUUGGCGAUAAGAUCCUAAAGUCAGCCAUGAAUAUCCUUCAAAACAUGGUGACUGAAUUCAGUCUACACAUUUUUUAGGUCUUUAUGGCUUGUAAGGAAGUUCUCAUGAUACUGUCAAAACUAUACUGAAGAUAAGCUGUUAAAUAGAGGCAAUCUGUGGGAAUAUGUGUGCACUCAGGUAGAAAUCAAAUCUGGAGGCCUCUCAUGGAGCUGGCACCGUGCCAAGCUGACUGAACCAAAGCAAAGAAUAAAAAAGGGGAGUGGAAAAGGUUGGGAGAGGGGGAGUUAAGACAGUAGAAGGUGGAGAGAGGAGGGGGCACUGAGGGAGGGAGGGAAUUAACUAGCUUUGCUCUAAAUUGGCGUAUUACAAGUGCCCUCUGGCUGUGACUCCCAAUGGAGGAGUUAGUGGGUGUGUGAGGCUGAAGGGGGCAAUGGGUUAUGGGAACCCACCAGCACCAGACACCCCUCCAGGUCUGAAUAGUGUCACUCUGAGCAGGCGAGCUCCGCAUGGAGGAGAACCCCCGGGCUCUGUUCUAGUUCCAUUUCCAAUUAAUGGACACAUUUUUUUCUCUUCAUGCCAGAGGAAUUUCACUUUAUCAAGAUUUUACAUUUGGAAAUUCGCCUAUCUGGACAAAAAAUUGCAGACUUCUGAGCCUAGUGCCCAUCUGUAGAUGCUGAACAUGUAAUUCCAAAACCGUUUACACUACUCUGCGUGAUAGCCCCAAGUCUUAGUUGAUGGUUUCUUUGAAAUUUUGAUGACAGCUGCAGGGGUUUUCAAUUCAUGCGACAAGAGCAGUACUAUAACCAGACACAGGUGUAAGGUGAUACCUUGCUUGCAUUUGAUCUUAAAGGUGUUUGACAGGAUUCAGGUGAAGUCAGGACUCUGUGCAGGUCAGUUAAGUUCCCCUUCGCCAAAUAUAGAAACAAACUGCUUGAACCUGCCUUUGUGGACCCUGCUGUUGUCAUAGAUAUGGAUGUAUAUAUGGACCUCAAAGGAUCAGGGAAAUCCAGUUACCGUAACUCUUGGCAUUAGCUUAACCUCUUCAUCUUUCACCUGAAACAGUUUCUGGGUUUGACAUUAAAAAGAUCAGAGAUGUAUAUGUUUAGAUGUGCACACACCUUAUGUUGAAUUCAUAAAUGUAGAAGCUCGUGUUCUUGUAUCUUGUAUAUCUGUUUUGUUUUUUAAGGAGGGGUCUUAUUGGUUUUCUCAUUAUUUUUUAUGUAUUCACCGACCCAAUCAUGUCACACUCAACAGGAUCUGCUCUCCUCAAAGACACUUCUCAAUAAUUCAGUGCACUCGGGAUGAAUUCAGAUGAGUGUAUUAAUUUUUAGGAGCCUGUUCCUGGCUAAAGGUUUGUCCUCUUGCAUAGUUUCUCUCUCUCUUUCAAAGCGGUAACUCCUCUUAUUCACUCCACAUUUUCUCUCUCUCACACACAAACACACUAUCCUUCAUUAUUUUCCUGCCAGCUCCCUUGUUUGUCUGGAUGUAAAACACCAUGGUGGGCAAAAAGAAGCAGUCCCUGUGUAGCUUCGGCGAGCUGAACUCUUGAAAUCUGUUGUGUGCUCUAAUGAAUGGAGAUAAAUCUUGGGCCUCACGCUCUUCACUCCCUUGACUCCUUCUUGUCUUUUUGUGGCCAUCAUGAUAACACUGCAGCAUUUCUUGAGCCCCUUGAGACUUAACGGCCAUGCUGUUGUUGUUGCUGUGAAAAUAUGCACAUUGUCAAAGAAAUGAACAGUGUUAAAAACCUCAAUGUGAGCCAGCUGGGCUGAGGUGUUAGAAGAAAACCCGAGAAUAUGAAGCAGAUUUUCGCAUGACUUUGCGUUGCUCUACCUAACGGAGAAGUCAUGGGAUUUAGAUGUUGUAUGUGUUGUAUGUGUCUGGAUGUAAUGAUUGGACUAAGACAUUUACAACACUGAGCCUGAUUGGUUUAAUCACUAUUGUAGUUUUAAGUAUCGUGGUAAAAUCGAUGAGAAUUUCUCAGAAGAUUAACCCAAACUUCUUAAUUACUCUGAAAAACUACAGCUGUAAGAUUCUAAAAAAGCCUCAGUUUCUUUCCCAGGCCUUUUUAAUCGCCAACAUUUCUGAUCCUACUAUCAAAGCACCCUCACACUGCAAACAAAUUGCUCAGCAGUUUGCACCAAAUCAGAUUACACUGAUCUUUUCCAACUGUUGGUGCAUGAAAACUCGUGUUUCAGCCAGAUAACCCCUUCAAAGCUAAGGCCGCUGAUGUUGCAAGAAUUUGUCUAAAGCUGGGGAAUGGAAGGACUGGUAGUAAAGCCUUGUAAUCACGGAAAUUCCUUAGAAAUACAAAACCAAAAGGACCAGGGAUAUUUCAUUCUUGGAUAAAAACACAACAUGGCAUUUGUUAGUGGUUUGAGACCAGUCUUUAAGCGAGAGACCUCUUAAAAACCUCUUAAAAACUGAGCUGUCCUAGUUUGAAAGUUGCUGUUCUGUAGUUUACCCUGACCCUCGACCUCUUGAGAGAGGAGCUAAGCAAAGAAGAGUUUUCUCCAGUAUAAAUUAUAAGGUACAGGAAAGUUGAAGUUAUGUCAGAGCCAAUAGAGAAACACCAGUCUGACAGGAAAAUCAUGCUAAGAACAUGUUGGUUUUAGCUACACUGUCUGUCUGCCGCUGGAAAAAUAAACAAAAGCCAUAGUAAACUGGCCAUUACACGUUCCUCCCAGUUCUGUUUGUUCUAUCUAAAUACGAUAUCUCUGAAAGUACAUGUAUGCAAAACUAAAGUGCUGACGGGUAAAAAUACACAACUCUGUUCCACUUCUGCACUCAGCGUUUGCAGAAGUGUAUUUUUGUCUGAGGUUUGUAUCAGUCGUGCCAAGGUACUAAUAUUUACUGAGCAAAUAUCUGUUGACACUUUUCUCAUGAUUGAAUAGAUAUUAGAGUGAUUUUGCUGAGCUUUAAGAUGAGAUGAAAUAAGAAGAGUAUUAUUUAUCCCCAAAGGGAAGUUUACUGCUAUGAGUCAGUGGAGUGUAGCUUUGACACUCAUAGGUGGCUAACAUUACAUCAGUGAUGAACAACAAUACAGUGAUGAUGUCAAAGGGAAAGAGAUUGUUUUAUAAGAGAUGACAAAAAAUGGAUAUGGCUUUGACAUACGAUUAGAUAAGACUAGAUUAGAUUAAAAUAGAUACAAUUUAAUUUAUCCUCUUGAGAAAGGUUCCUGCAAGGAAAUUAAAACAUUCACUAUUAUUAUAAUGCAUGAGGCAUAAGAUAAUUAGCUUGUCUUAAAACAGAGACAGACUCAAAAGGGCAUAAUAAAUAUAACACUUAACAGUUCUUUGUAGGAGAUUUGGAUCCAAAAUAUGACAAUUUAUAAUAAGUAGAAAAUCUAUUUAGAGAAAUACUGGCCAACUAAAUGAUGGCACCCAUGUAGCAUUGUAACAGUGAAGGAGGCUCCAGAGUGGUUUAAGUGCCUGAAAGAGAUAGAAGCUGGAAUGAAGUGAUCCAGACAGAGGCUGAAACUGAUGGAGAAACUGAAAGAAGAUAAACAUUAGCUAUUGAGCUCUAGAUAGCAUAAAGCUACCAGCCAACAGAAAGCCGGUAUAGUAGGGUGACCAUACUUCCUCUUUUACCCGGACAUGUCCUCUUUUCAGGGGACUGUCUGGCCUUGUCCGGGGGAGUUUAUACAAUCCUUCAAAUAUCCAGGGUCUUGUAUGGAAGUUUUGAGGUUGUAACUCGAUCCGACCCGAAAAACUCUCAAAAUUAACUACGCAUGACUCUGUGACCCACGUAGUUGGGGAUAAAGGAUAUGGUCACCCUACAGUAUAGAGGCCUGGUCCUUCUACAAAUGUCAGUCAAAGAUUGAAAAGGGUUUUGAAACUCUGAAUCAACUUUUUUUAAAAAGAUACUGGUGAAGUUUUGUGACAUUCACAUGAGCAAGUUUUGGUGCAGCUUUGAGGUUGUUGGGUGACAGGGGCAAUUUCUGGUAACAGGCAUUUAAAGGUACAAACAGGUAAUCCUCCAUAGACCACACUUCUCAUUUCAGCCCAAGCUCUGUCUAGACACAGCAUGGUCUUGUCUCUGCUGGAGAUGCGCUUCAGUGCAUAAAACCAUUAAAAUGGUGAGAAGGCUAGCUGCUAAAAGUUGUAGGUGUAAAACAUUUAAGACUUCCCCUCUCUGUAGAGAUAGAAAUGAUUAAAUCUUACCCCUAUUCUGACCCACCAUCUGAUGUGCUGAUGUUUUUUGUGCAGCCCAAUAGCUGUUUUCAAAGCUAACCGGCUGCUGCCUCGAGCUAAAUAUGUCCCAUACAGACUUGCGACUGGUGUCAAUCAUUUUGUGUAAAUUUUUACUUGUCAAUUGCUCAACUGCCACUAAAGUUUCCUCUUUAAACUCCCUCCUCUGCCAUCGGUUUCAGGAAACACAAAACUUGGCUUGAAACCAGAACAGUAAAUAUUCUGAUUGUUUCAUACAGGAAAUAGAAGCUGAAAACAACAAGUCUCACUGGGCAAGAAGAAUACAAGAUUCACAAUGUCUUUCAAUGACCGCAGCCCUUUGACCUGUUUUAUGUGUGUGUCUGUGUGUGAAGUUGUUUGUCUAUGCUGUAUGUGUGUAUGCAUAGAAGCAUACAUACUUAUGUUGGUAGGGCAAAGGAAGGGGGGGUGGUUGUUACUUGUUUGUCUCCAUAGCAACUGAUAACUUGUCAAGCAGGUGGGGGGCGGCUGGCAGUUUGGGUGACAGCUGAUAACAGAGUGACCCACUGAAUGCAUUUCCCCUCCCCCCCUGCACUUCGACUAACGCACACAUUUUUAAACCCACACACACACACACACACACACACACACACACACACACACACAGGCUGCACAUACCUCCCAUUCUGGCCUUGCUUCUCAGUUUCUCCGAUAACCACAUUGCUGAAGUGGGCCCCUUGCCUCUCUGCUGCCUCCACUGCUGUAAUCGACCCCUUCCACCACACACACCCACUCACUCACCAUGCACACACUCACUCAUACCAUACACACACCCAUCUAUGAGUGUUUCUCAAGCAAAAACCCAACGGUAUCUUCAAGGCACCCUCUAAAAAUAAGACUUCAAUUUUUAUUUUUUUACAUUUAUUUCUGUUGUAGUUUUGAGGAUGUAGGAGCAGGUGAAUGUCUGAGCAUCUCUGCUACCUUGUCAUCAUCUGCACUCUGUCAACAGUCAUCUGUGCGUGGCUGAUUUGAAGUAAUCAUCUUUGAAUUUGGCUUGCCAAGUCGGCUCGUAGCUUUUAAACUUUAAUUUGUUUUCUUCUGAGCCUGUCUCUUUCGAUCACACCGCUCCACCUAUCCUGCAGCAUCGAGUCUGCAAAGGCCAGGCUGAGCUACUGUUACUGAUUAACAUUUAAUUGACUACGAUGAAGCUUUCUGUGUCAGAGGAGGGGGACAGGAGAGAAAGAAGAGGCAGAAAAAGAGGAGGGGAGUAGGGAUGAAAGAGAUACUGAUUUUUUUUUUUUCUCAUGUAGCUUUGUUCAAACAAAUAAAGACUAGACACAAACACACAUGGCCCUGUAGUUAAUACAGAUGUACCCACAUAAAGGCGAGUCUUUCCCAAAAGUAAUAUAGUCAAAAAGCCAGUCAUCUUAUUUCAGUGUGAUUCUUCACUCAGGAUCUCUUAAAAGGUGAAUUUUAAAGGAGAAGCUGAAUCACUGACAGGUCAUCUUAGAGAAAUUCAGUUUCAAAUAAUGCUGGCUCCUAUCCAACUGUUCAACCCAGACCAAAUGAAACAGCUUCCCAAGGUGAAGUAAUCAAUGUGGGUCUUGUUUUGCUGAUCAACGGUCUCAUUAUUGGUGUAUUAUAACAGGGAUAAGUAAAAAAGCAGCAUAUCCUCAACAUGAGAAAUUCACAACAAACAAAUUAACGUAUUGACUAACAUAACCAGGUUUUUGAACGAGAACUGUCCAGAAGCAUGUUAAAAUCUUUGGACCGUAUAUUCGCUUUUCCUUUUGAAUGUCUGUGAACUUUGGGGUUUGUCUAUCACAUAAUCUCGUGCCAGCCAAUUGUUCCUUGAAAAAUUACCCAAAUCAAUAGCUGAUUAUCAGAGUUUUGGCGGGAGUUAACUUUCUCAGAGAUCAACAAGUGCCCACAGACUUUGAUCCUGAUUCCCACACUGUAGUCUGUUGUGGAGUUUUAUGUUCUCUGUUCUCCGAGUUACAGCUGGAAGCUCUCCAACCACAGAGACGGCACUCCCAGAUUUGAUAAGCAAAGAUUGAGAGUGCCAUCAAGCAGCCAGCCUGCUGGCCACCUGUUCAACCCACAGGCUUCCUAUGUGGACACACAGGAUUCUCUUGUCUCUGUGAAAUCCUAUAGGUCAGAGUCACACAUGCAGUGGGUGUCAGUUUCUGGUAUGAAUUACACAGUUAAAGAUGUGUUUCUGUACACACGCUGAGCUCCAAUGUUCCACAUCCUCCAUGCACCAUUAAAGCAAGGGAAUGAUGUUUUCAGCUCUUUCCAAUAAUAGUUCCCAUAAUGACUGUGUGGAUUUCUAUGCUUGUGUGUGCAUGUGUGUGUGUUUGUAUUUCAAACAUCCUUGUGUUUUGCAUGUGGUUCGCAAUCCAUUGUGUUUGUAGGCCUCAAGGUCCCUCACACCACCAGCCUCUUAGCACUAAUCCCACUCUUCAUGAAGUCAUCACCAUGGCUCUGAACUUCAGAGAUUAUGUGUGUGUGUGUGUGUGUGUGUGUGUGUGUGUGUGUGUGUGUGUGUGUGUGUGUGUGUGUGUGUGUGUGUGUGUGUGUGUGUGUGUGUAGAGGUGCUCUUGUAUUAAAGCGAGCUAUUGUUGGGCCUGCUUUAGCUGCUGAGGUUUGACAAAGAACCAAGAGGCUGAUGGCGGCUGCUGAGGUUACAUCGACAACCUUUAUCUGCUCAUGUGUGCACUUGAACACAUUAAAAGGUUUCUCAUAAACAGAAGAGUAAAACUGCAUCUGUUUGUCUUGUGUAUCCAAUGUUUUCCAUAUGUAACAAAUGCAAACAUGUCAGAAUUUGUCAUGCUGUCUUUGUGUGCUUUGCAAGACACGAAUGAAAGAGUGCAAAGCAAACAUGAGAGGUGUAAAAUUUCCAUCUGCUCAGGAUCUGAUAAGUGUCACACUUGUCAUCUAUUAUUUUUUUGGUGUUACCAUGCUAUCCUCUUUUCAAACCCAAUGUUUAUCCUGUUAAACAUCUUUAACAUUCAUGGACCCCAGAGAUAAACCCCUUUAUAUUUUCCUAUAGUUAUGACAUGAGGUCCACAUUAUAGUUUCAAAUGAGAUGUGUCAAGAACUGUUGUAUGCAUUGCCAUGGGUGUGGCACACACAAUCAUGAUCCCAGUGGGAGAAACAACAAUGGCUCCACAGCUCCAUUAUCACUGGUUUAAUUGCACAUGGUCUCUAUGUGGACCUCAGUAGACCACAAAGUUUUUGUCACCAGUUUCUUAUUAAUUUUCAGUGUUUUGGCUUUAUGAUUAGUUAAAGGUACUGUGAGGAACUUUCUGUUUGUGUUAACUUUGGUGCCCCCUGUGGACAAAGUAGAUGAUGCCCCUGAAGUAGUGCUAAAUAACUUUUUUUGACCAUUAGCAGAGUUAUCACUGUCUGCUGCGUCAAUGUGAAAACACCAUUCCUGCAUGCACUGUGGCUGCAGACACUUUUUAGAUCAGUGUGCCAAUAAGUUCACCAAAAGAGGCAGGAGUAUAAGGUGUAUAAAGAACCCUGAGAUGUGAAAAAUGACAACUGCACUGGUUGGAAAUGUGAUGUUUAGAGCAAGUAAGUGCUGAGUCCUUGGGUUUUCAGUGUGGCUCAUCAACAGUGUUGCAACUUGUGACUUUCUGAUAACACUGUUGACGUCAGAUGGUUGUCACCUCUUUUAACCCAUAAGCCUCUGGUAGCCGUAGCCAUGUGUUUGAGUUCCAGUUAUAGAGGAUGAGGUAAUAAAUGACAACUUCUAGAUUCUUAGCCUUUUGGAAAAAACUGGGUCAAGUCAUAACCCUCAUGAGGAGGUCAGUGUGGAUCUGAAGAGUUGGCUUCCUUCCUUUUUAUUUCUGUCCUUUUUCUUGUCUUAUCUCAUAUCAUUUAUGAGGCCCCGGUAAACCUUAGUGUUUGCACACCUGGGUUUUAUAAAAGAGAGUGGGGGUUGAUAAGGGUUUACAGAGACACCUGCAGAGAACAACAGAAGCAGAUACAGAUACAGGUCAAUCUAACCAGCAGGCCCCUGCAUGUUUGCUGACGGUGCACAAACCGACUUGACCUUUAGCCAAAUUAUCUGCGUGCACCUUUGGCCUGCUGGGAAAAGACGUUAGCUAUAGAGUCAUGCAAAUAUAUGCAGCUUUUUUAAAGGCUGAGGUUGAAACUGUGGAGUGAGUGAAACCUGACUAGGAGGUCGUGAGCAGGAGCAUAUCUACCUCAAGCUGGCCAAAGUGAAAGGUCAGAACUUGACGACUGGCCGAGUAACCCAGAGAAAGCACGUUUCUGUGAGAGAACUCUCACCCACAAACCCACAGACCCAGUUUGACUGCUGGCUGCUGAUGAGCUGGUUGCAAUGAUCCACACAUUCUGCUCCUUGGCAAUUCAACAUGUCAGUGUGAGUUUUGAUGCCCAAGUCUAAAACAUAGAUGGUGCACUUGGGAUAUGUGACCGAGGUUGCAGGGUCACACGUUUGAACCAUCUGGGCACAAAUGAGAAAAACAAAAAUGUAAAGAUUAUGGGGAAACGUUCAUUAGAAGACAUGAAAGUGUCUAUACUUUGUCAAUCUUUUGAGAGCUAGGUUGAGCUAAAAACUAUUCAGUCAGUAUUCAGUCAGUAUAUUUACAUGCCAUGGUGUACAAAAAAAAUGACUGAUCCGGGGAUGGUACCAGAAUCUGGCUGGCCUUCAAAAUGCUGUUUUCAGUGUCAACCAGUCAGAAAAAAAUGCACUGAUCUGAUAUCCUUGCAGCCAAUUUAGACAACCAAUUUAGUGACAAUAAUACAACAUUAGGGUGCUGCUGGGAGAGAUAGUCAAAAUUAGCAAAAUGCUAAAAUGUAUUCUGUGCAUGGUUUGUUUCCAUCAGUAUUGUAGUACUCUGUGGUAGUCAGUACUAUAGUAUAGGCAUCAUAACUAUGGGGCAUCUGUGCCUCUGAAAGUUCAACAAGUACACCAAAAUAGAAAUGUUGUCUUUGUAAAUGGUGAACAUGUUUUUAACUUGUGCGUGCUUUUCUUGUGUUAAAUUUAAAAUACUAUCUCAAAAAUAUUUAUUGAGGACUUUGCCAGCUGACCCAGAAAAGCUGAGUAAGCACUCUUUAGAUAAUAACAUUAAAGGGAAAAAAACUGUAGUUAGAGCACUCCGCUGUUGCCAUUAGUGAGCACAUGUUGUUGCUCUUUUCUCUCUUUGCUUAUCUCUUUUCUUCUGUCCCUCUCCAUCUCUCACCACGUGCCAUGCUCUUUCUCAUCUGAUGCGGGUAGCUGGGCAGAGAGAAAGCCCAACACUGAGUGUGUGUGUGUGUAUGUCUGGGUCUGUGCAUUUCAUUGCUUAUGGGGGCAUGAAAUCGCUCCAAAGCCCCAAGGCACAUUGGGCACCGCUCUACCCAGACCUUUGCAGAGCCUUCCUCUUCUCGUCAACACACUCCCUCUUAUCAGCUCUCCGCCCUUCGUCUUUGCCCAGCGUAGAGCCAUGUUUUUAGGCAUUAUCGGUGCGUACAUGUGUGAUUCCUCUCAACUUGUAGCUCGCCCCUUUGUUCCCACUGUGACCCUCAUCCCAAUCAGCGAGCCAUCUGUCCAUCAAUCACUUCUUUCCUGCUGAGGAGAGUAACUGAUACCAAGAGAUGCUGACCUCAAGACCUGCAGGGGCUCAAAAUGGCUUCAAGGACAGAAUUCAGAAUACACACAUAAACACACAUGCACAUUUUGGAGGGAAAAAGAUACCUGUCGUUACACACUUGUUUCAUAUGCACUAGUAGAGGUUUUUUUUUUUAAGUCAGUUACUGAAAAUCCGCUGGACAGAAAUGGACCAAUCAGAACGGAGUACAACAAAGCCGUGCAAUAAAAUUGGAGUAACACACUCAGUCAGAGAGACCAUUUCUUACUCCUCUGCCCUGUUCCAGCUAUUUGAAUAUGAGGGGCCCUGAUAUAGAGAGAGCUUUGUGUUCACUGUGAGUAUGUAGGCACGUGUGUGUAGUACUAUACGCAGAGGGGGGAGGGCUAAUGUAAGGGAAAAGCCCUGGCCUCAGCUGUUGUUCUACAUUUUUCCCCGAAGAGAGAGCCUUACUUUCCCUGCACCACCAACUUUCUCCCCUGCUGUCCUUUCUAGAGGAAACCUUCAGGUUUCCUGUGACAAGUCACGACUCAAGCAACACAGUGAAUAUAAAGAAAGUGGGGCCUCUCAUCCUGUCAGUCCUCCUCCUCUUCCCCGAAAUCCCUCCAUUUCUUCUGUCAUUCCCUCAGAAGAGUCGUAGUGGGGGAGGGGAACAUACAGUGUAGGAGCUCAUGUGAUCUGGCCGAAGAGAGCAGACAAUAUGUGCAGUCCCACCCUGUUAUACAGUUUCCCUGUAUGUAAAAGACUGCACACACUAGGCAGUGAUUGAGGAGAAUUAAAGGGGAGAAAGAAAUUGUGCUUCAGUGCAGCUUUUAAAACAAAAAUUGCUAAUGUCUUAUGCAAAAGUUAGCUUUUUGUAGUUGGCUUUUUAGGAAACCAACUUUUUGCUGGACCCUCAAAAAUCAAAAACCAUACCAGUUCUUGUUAACCCAGAGAGAUAGGAAGAGAUGUAUUGAAAUCAAAGAUACAGGCUCUUCCAACAAGCUCCUUACGUUCAAAGGUCAGCCCCUCUUCACUCAUUUUGCCUUUUAUCUCGUUCAGGCACUGUUUUAUGAUUGUCAAAAUGCAUUAAGGGAAAUGUUGGAAGCAAUUCAGUUAGACUGCCAAUUGUGGACCUCUUGAAACACAUAUAACCUUCUUGCUAGCAACAUGCGAGAUGAAAAAAUUAGGGAAGACUUGGUUCAUGCAAAAGCAUUGUGUUGUCCACCCUUGGACUUUUUAUGAAUUUGCCGCCUCCUUAAUGGUGAAUUUCCCAUCAAAACAAGAUUCCUCCAAGCACUCUUUUGCACCAGAUCCUAUUAAAUCCCGGAAGUCCCACAAAGUAAUGACUUUAUCUUGUGUACAUAAGUAAUUGCAUGGUGUGCAAUAGCUAUUAUUUUGUGCAUGCAAGUUAUCAUCCUAUGCACAAUCUGUGUAUUGUUUGUACAAACUAUGAAAUUUGUAUGAAAUCUUGUUCACUCAAGUUAUUAACCAACAAAUUAUACUUUACAAGAUAGUAACUUGUGCAGACAAGACAAAAAGUAACUCCUUCAGGGAACUUUGGGGCACCGCAGCAUCAUGACCCCAAGACAUUUCAUGCCCUUAUUCAGUGCAGUGUGUUCAAGUAUCUCGAAAAUCUUGCAUUUUUUUAUUUUAUUUAUUUAUUUUAUUUAUUUUUUUUAUUUUUUUUUUGGGGGGGGGGGUCUGAUACCAUACAUAUUCUUAUUAAGUGUACAUUUACAAAAGUAGGACUCUCUGGCAGUAAGCUUAUACUUGUUAGAAAAUUAGCAGUGCUUAUUUAUAGGUUUGGCUAUAGGGUGCAUAUUCAGCUGCUGUCAUCAUGGUAUGCACGUUGCAUUUUUUUUUCCUGAGCAUCAUUUAAGAUCACAGUUGAAAUAAACCACUUUGCAUGCAUUGCUUAUAGUCAUCUACAAAAACCUCACCCGAUAUGAAAGGUCUGCUAUAAGAGAGGAAGCAGCAAUCUCUACACCAACACUGUAAUGUGUUUCAGUAUCGUCCCACCCACUUGUUUCACUCUUAGAACAUUCUGUUACCCUGCAGUAUCAAGCCUAAAACAUACAGAAUCCGUGUUGAGCACGUUCGAUCAGCGCUGCGUGUCAUGCAGCAAAUAGGUUCUCAUUCUAAUCAAUGCAGCAUCACACACAGAACACGUCACAGCAGAAGGUAACAGCACAGCAUAAAGGAACAUACUUCAAUUUAUUAAAUACUAGUAAACUUGCGAAAACGGAAAAUCAUGUUGCUUUUUUACAUACAGUAGAAGUUCAACGGUCACUGAAUUAUCUUUAAGUUAUCAGGAAAUAGACCACAGAAAGGCAAAACAACCUGUUGUGAAGCAUGUUGUUUCCGCUAUACUGAGCCCAGCUGACUGGGGCUGCACUACGCUGCUGCUACGCUCCAAACACGCAUCCUGUGGGCGAUUGACAGCGCUGCUGGACCGGGCAGAGAUGCGACCCUGACGUAUUGCGCUAAACAGGGAUCCUGUGUGUUUUUGGCUUCAGACUGGAGGGUCACGUCAGACCACAGCACACAGUAAUUAUCCAGGACACCUUAGUCUGGAGAGACCUCAGCGUGGUUGAGUGCUGCAAUUUUUUUUUCUUUUAAGUAGACGGUCAAUAUUGGUCAGGAAUCCAUUUUCAUAUGAGCACUUGAGUCAAUGUGUGCAUUAUUCAUGAACACCCAUCACCCCUGAUUGGCUUAGCUGUCCAGUGAGACGGGGGAAACGCCAUGUUCAGAGCAGCAGUGUUAGACGGACCUGUGCUGACCGCUGGAUCCUGAGGGAUGGAUUAUUGCUGUGCAGUGACAUCACCCUGUGGUUGAAAAGCUUUUAGUCUGAUUAAUGUACAGUGUGUGUCUACGUGUCAGCUCACCAGGACAUGUGAACUAGAUAUAGAUACGUUGUGGAGGACUGUUUCUUCGCAUGUGACCAUAUGUAAUCACAUUUAUGUGGUUAAAAGUCCUGCAUUCAUGAGUGUGCAUUUUAGAUGCCUCUGCACUCACAAUAAAUCAAAUCCUAUCUUGUCUCAGAGCAACAUAUUACAGGCCUUUGUCUUCACUCUUUUACCAAUAAUCCAUCACUUCCGCAGCGAUGUUGUAGCUCUAUAAGCCUCCAUUUCUAUAAAUAUGGGUUAGUGUGCCUCAUAUUGCCACCCUCUCCUCCCUCCUGUUUGCCUUUCUUGGCUUUGUAUUGUCUUGCUAUUCAGCCUCUUUUUCCUUCCUUCUUGUUUAUUUUUGCAACCACAGCAAAAAACAAACCAUAGAAUAAAAUAGAAACGCAAUAUCUUUGUUGGACAUCAAUAAAAAUGCUUAUGUAAGGCUUUCUCUUGCAGCCCGCAGUGAGUUGGCUGCUGGUUGAACUUUCCGUAUUUCAGUGCCAGGGAUGCCCUCAUCCUCUCUGUGGUAGCAUCAUGCUGUCAAAGGUGUGUGUGUAUAGAAGAGCUUGUUGUGUGCAUGUUGGUGUGAGCAAGUGAUUUCUUAGUGUCUCUGUCUUCAGGCUUUGUUUAUGUGGGCUUAGUGUCUCUCCUUACAAACACACACAACCACCACAAAUCUUUGAUUGGUUUUAUUGAGUGUUUUGAUUUCCACAGUUUUUACUUCCAAAUUGACCAAAAUACAAAACAACAAAAAUUAAUUGGACGAUUAUUUUUUAGAGCACAAAAGAUUUAUUGUAAAUAAUUAAAAAAGACAUGUUUAAUUAAAAUAAGUUUCAAGAGCAUCAGCAGGUCAAGGUGUUUUCAUUAUUUUGUGUACAUCCUGUUAGCCUUUAGCUAAUAUGUUUUGCCAACUGUUCUGAAACUUAAUGUGCUAACCACAGUAACAAGCUGAAAGAGGACGUGUUGCCCCCUACCCUAGCAGAGUUGGACACACUUUAGUCAUUAAUUUGAUUUUUGCCCAGUACAUGUUACCUAGUACAAGGACAAGAACAGCCCAAUUUAAACUACGUAUAUAAAUUUACUGAAUAAAUCUGAGUGUUGUGACACUUAUCCUGUCACUGUCAUGAGAUUGCAAGGUUGGGCAGAUACUGUAUGAGCAGUAAAAAAAGCCUAAAAAUUGACAACACAACUCAUUUACUGGCGUUGAGUAAACACCACAAAGCCCCAGAGGGUUAGCCGCCAGUGUUUUAAAAGUUUAUUCACCAGCUUAAGGUUACUCAUAUACACUCACCGGCCACUUUAUUAGGUACACCUGUCCAACUGCUCGUUAACACUUAAUUUCUAAUCAGCCAAUCACAUGGCGGCAACUUAGUGCAUUUAGGCAUGUAGACAUGGUCAAGACAAUCUCCUGCAGUUCAAACCGAGCAUCAGUAUGGGGAAGAAAGGUGAUUUGAGCGACUUUGAACGUGGCAUGGUUGUUGGUGCCAGAAGGGCUGGUCUGAGUAUUUCAGAAACUGCUGAUCUACUGGGAUUUUCACGCACAACCAUCUCUAGGGUUUACAGAGAAUGGUCCGAAAAAGAAAAAAUAUCCAGUGAGCGGCAGUUCUGUGGGCGGAAAUGCCUUGUUGAUGCCAGAGGUCAGAGGAGAAUGGCCAGACUGGUUCGAGCUGAUAGAAAGGCAACAGUGACUCAAAUAACCACCCGUUACAACCAAGGUAGGCAGAAGAGCAUCUCUGAACGCACAGUACGUCGAACUUUGAGGCAGAUGGGCUACAGCAGCAGAAGACCACGCCGGGUGCCACUCCUUUCAGCUAAGAACAGGAAACUGAGGCUACAAUUUGCACAAGCUCAUCGAAAUUGGACAAUAGAAGAUUGGAAAAACGUUGCCUGGUCUGAUGAGUCUCGAUUUCUGCUGCGACAUUCGGAUGGUAGGGUCAGAAUUUGGCGUCAACAACAUGAAAGCAUGGAUCCAUCCUGCCUUGUAUCAACGGUUCAGGCUGGUGGUGGUGGUGUCAUGGUGUGGGGAAUAUUUUCUUGGCACUCUUUGGGCCCCUUGGUACCAAUUGAGCAUCGUUGCAACGACAGCCUACCUGAGUAUUGUUGCUGACCAUGUCCAUCCCUUUAUGACCACAAUGUACCCAACUUCUGAUGGCUACUUUCAGCAGGAUAAUGCGCCAUGUCAUAAAGCUGGAAUCAUCUCAGACUGGUUUCUUGAACAUGACAAUGAGUUCACUGUACUCAAAUGGCCUCCACAGUCACCAGAUCUCAAUCCAAUAGAGCAUCUUUGGGAUGUGGUGGAACGGGAGAUUCGCAUCAUGGAUGUGCAGCCGACAAAUCUGCGGCAACUGUGUGAUGCCAUCAUGUCAAUAUGGACCAAGCUCUCUGAGGAAUGCUUCCAGCACCUUGUUGAAUCUAUGCCAUGAACAAUUGAGGCAGUUCUGAAGGCAAAAGGGGGUCCAACCCGUUACUAGCAUGGUGUACCUAAUAAAGUGGCCGGUGAGUGUACAAGCUAUUGAGUCAUAAAUUUUCAGUAAAUGUAUCAAAUAAUCACCCUUAUUUUUAUGCUUGAAACAAAAGAGAACAGCGGCUUACGCGCUAUUUUUGAGUGGGUCUUUAUUUUUGAGGAGACUAUGUUUUUAAAGCAGUUGAUAGGCAGACGUGUCAGACACAGAAAAGGCUAGCUGAAGCCUGUAGCUGGAAAAUGAGCAAGGACAAAUAUGGGCCACUAAUCCACUCUUUAACAUUAGCCAGUAUUAGCCUUCAUCUGUCUGCAGUCAUAGCGCCAGAAGACACUGAGGCCCGGGAGCUAAGGAGAGAGGAACAGCCAUUUAUUUUGGUCUGUCAGAGCCACAUUUUGCCUCAGUGCUUUGGAUUCCUAUUUUCUUUCUCUCUUUUUUCUCCCUUUCCUUCUCUCUCUUUAUUUCUCUCAUUUCCUUUUGACUCUCAUUCGUCAAGCUUUCUCUCUCUGUGUGUGCCUCUCCCGGUUCACUCUGGCUGGCCCUGUAUGAUUACUGAAAACUGUAUGGAGACAGCGCAAGAGCUCUGUGGCGAGGGGACUAUGCCAUUGGCUGGUUUGCACUCCACCCCCAUUUGUGAUUGGCCGCAGGCUUCAACGUAACAUUCAAUCAGCUGGGUAGAAGUGUAUGUAGGUCAGUGUGUAGAUGUGAGCCUACUCUCUCUCUCUCUCUCUGUCUGUCUCUGUCUCUCUCGCUUGCUCGCUCACUCUCUGUUCCCCUCCUCCACCGUGGUCGGUUUUUUGGUGAACCGGCUGUUGUGUUAAUUGGCUGUGUUCCAACUUUCAAUCCCCAGAGAGACUCGAGGCAAAGUGAGGAAAGGGGGGAAGAAAGCAGGGAGGUGAAAAGAGGAAGGGAAGUUGAAAAGGAGGCGAGAGGGGGAGGAGGAAAAGGAAGAGGGAAGAGGGUGGGGGAAGGGUGGUUUAAAAUGGGGUGCCCUGUUGCACUCCGAAGUGCAAUAGUACAGUGUGUUAGUGAGUCAAACACACACUAUACAAAUAGACAACUCCUGGCAAAUAUAGCAGCUCAGGGUGUUUAUUUUCUUUCUGUUUGAAUGUGGGAGGGGAUGGAGGAGGGAGUAUAUAAUACAGGGGGGCAUAAAAGAAGAAAAACAGACAAGGAUGUUAGUCGAAUUCCCGACUAUCUCAAUCCUUUCAUUCUCUGAGCUUCCCAGCUGCUGGUCACAGGGUUGUAGACCUCAAAUGACUUGCACAGUGGAUCAUUUGGUUAUCUAAUCUGCAGGGUCAUAACUCUGUGGACACAGUAAACCCAUUGAUACACACAGAAAUCCUGCAGCACCUCUUAUUCCCAUUUUCAAUGUGAGUCUGCUGCCCUGAGAGGAGUCUGUAUGUGGCUACGGCGGUGAAUAAUUCAAGCUAACCCAAAUUCUUUUACAGUGCUUACUCUACCCCCUAAGUGCUCCCGCAUACACACACACACACACACUCACACAUUCGCCAGCACCCCAUCCCGUAAGUGGUGGUCCCUAGGCAUUGCCCAUAGUAGUCUAACCCAGACAAGCAGACUGUGAAAAGCAGACAAAAUAAAGUCUUGUACACUUCACUUUACUACUCCCUCUGCAGCCAUGUCUGUCUGCAUCCUUCACAUUAAAAGCACCCCGCAGCAGUUUAUGUUCUCUGCAGCCCUCUCUUUCCAUGUCUGUCUGUCGCCCUGCGCACAUCUCGCCCGGCUACACCCGCCUGCAUUCCCUUUUUAUCAGGAACUGUCAUUUCAUACUCAUUUCAUCUUCCAAACACCCCAGCCCAGAUGCAGUGAGGUACAUUCCUACCUGUCUGGUUUGAAAAAAAAGAAUCUCAUCUCAGCCUCCUUUCACCCUGCCCUGGCUUUAAACUUAUUACUGGAUAAAGACACCCUCUUCCCACCCUUCCAUAAUCAUGCACACACACUAAAACACACACAGACACAUGGGCUCAUGCACUGGUUGACUUUACCCUGACUUUACCCUCUUAUUCAGCCAGCCACUGACCCACUUAGUGUGGAAUAAGAGCACCAGACGGACAGCAGGCUUUUUACUCCGGGGCACUACGGGAAGACUAAGCUAAAAACAACAAGAGAUGCACAUGCGUAGACACUCACAUGCACUCACCCAGACACAUGCCCACAGUGGACAGGCUUACUCAGAGUCUGAUUUUACAGACGACAGAAUGCACUGUCUGCUUUGGUGCCAUCAGUGACGCCAUCGCUUGACACAGCAGCACACCUAGAAAUGUAAACAAGAAGCAUUUAAGGCACAUUUGACCAAAAGUAUCUGAAGAAAGAUGUCAAACGUCAUCUAUCAUAAUGUAGUUAAGUUGUAUUAAUAAUUCAAAAACAUCAGAACAGGGGGAAUAAGGUAUUUGCUCUUGUGUGAUCUCCAUUUCGAGCCUCUUUCUGUCUGCCACUCUCUCCACUUAGCUGGUGUCUGUGUGUAGAUUGAGCACCUGUUUUAGCAUAAACAAGAUCACCUCCAGGAAAGACCAACACCCAAAACUCUAAUGAAGUCAUGAUUCAUGUAUAUAUACAUACUGAUCAAACAACAUCAGCUUACACAGGGCAUAUUCCAGUAAGAUCUUGCCUCCUCCCUCUUCUCCGUGUGUAUUCUGAAUGCCAGUAAAUUACAUGUUAAUUAUAGACAUGCUUUUCAUAGUAAAAAGGGUCAUCUUUAGGUUGUCUUCAAAGAAAGAACCGUUCCCAAGCAGGGACUUUUAAAAUGGUAGAUCAGUGACCCCAGAACUACAUUUAGACCUUGGUUCCAUCUAUCCAGACACACAAGGUGCUAUAAAAUGGUAAAGUCCAAUUAAAAAUGACCUUUAUUUUAUUGCAUUUGUUUGGACUUAACUUAGAAGUACUCCUCACCUUUAUAGAGUAAUUUAACAGUUCUGUAAACACAUUUUCUUACAGAGAGUAAGUCUAGAGGACAUUCUCAAGCGUCCUUGUCUAUAUAUAAUGUUAGCUUAGUUCGUAAUGUUUGGCUCAGCUGGUGUGUCAGGGAGUUUGCGUAUUGUAAGCUCAGCUUGGAACACAAUGUCUUAGAGAUAUGAAAACUGAUGUACAAAGACAACAUGGUGUGCUUUGCUGGGUGAUGACAGACUUGGCCCGUUAAAGGCUCAGUACCUCACAAGGUGUGGACUCUACUAGAGUAAAAGGAAUUCCUCCUUCUUUAACAUCUGUGCCGACACAAACUGCAUAUUAAGAGACUCAACAUGGUUAAAAAUUUACAGAACUUCAAAAAAACAUCAGAACUGGUGAAAAUUUUGAUACUUGAAAUCAUCAAACACUGGUCCCUAUUAUGUUACUUUCACUUGCAUGCAGUAAUUAAUUUAAGCACAAUUUUUUAAUAAAUAAAGUGAGGAGAAGUAGAGAUUUUUUGGCUCUACCCAGGUAUCACAUUUUCAGGGCUGACCUUAUUCAUGUAGAAAAAUUUGGUUGUCCCCAAACUCUUUGCAUGAAAGCAAAUCAGACAUUCAGGUCAACUACCUCUUAAAUUUCUGGCCAUUUUUCUGGUCUUGCAGAGCGUAGAGUAGUCUGGUUUGCAUAGUUACAAACACAUACACACAGAACUAUAGAUAUAUGCACGCUGUAACCACACCUAGAAACGUAAACACACCCGUCAUUAUGCAACACACUGAGAAUGAGGCCACACAGAUGGCAUAAAAGAAAUCACAGAUAUUGGCCUAUUACUUGAAAUAUAUAUAAAUAUAUAUUUUGCAAUGCGUGCAGUACUUUAGCCACUUCAGCUGUUUCCUCCACAUCAGUCUCGUGACCAGACGAGCUAGUGUCAGACCAACCGAGUAAUGAAACACCACCACUUCCCUUUUCCUCAGGUUAUUUCAGUCGGUUUGAGGCCAGCGGCUGCUGACUGCUCUUGGCACACUUCACUGACUGUAGCCAGGUCAGCAUGUGAGUUCAGAGUGGUACAAAAAUCACAAGCUAGAGCCACUGUGUUGCUUCAUUUCUUGGUUUAGUUUAGGCCUUUCUCUGGCUGUUUCCUUAUUUUAACUUCCUUGCAGACGUGCAAGAAAUGUAAAUUUGUUGCGUGACUUUCACAGUUGCGUGUGUUUGGGUCAGGGUUGUGUCAGUCAGCUUUAAGGUAAAUGUUUUUUGAAGACGCCUAUUAAACAUUAUUUAAGGUCACUGUGGUGUGUUGGCAUAUGUUAGAGCCUCACCGUUCAUCUCAUAUUGACACGGUGAUGCUGGGGUGUCGGGAGCUUGCUGUCAAGAGAGAGGCCUCCUUACUUUAUGUCUUCCUUCUGCCUUCUUCACUUUUUUCAUUACCUCUCUGGUUUACAGGGCCUUUGCAGACAAGCUCUUAAGGAUUACCAGACACACCCCUUUGAGAAGCACUGAGCCCUACAGCUCCCACUCACCUCACAGCGUUCAAGUGUGUGUGCGUGAAAGUGAACGUUUGAGCAACAACAUUCGAGAUCUCACACUUUCUGCCCACUCUGCCUCCUUGGAGACAAAAAAGUGGAGGAGGAGAAACAAAAAAGAGAGGUGGAAAGAGGAGAGUCUGGGUGGAGGAGGAGGAGGAGGAGGAGAGGCAGAUUGAGUGAUCAUCGCUCACCAAUACAGAGAGGCAGAAAGAGCCAGAGAGCAGAGCUUUGGCUAGCGGCCAGCUAGUGCCACCAUACAGCUUUUGUGCUGAGAGUUGACUUGGAAAAGACCUUUCAGAGAGGGAGAGAAAAGAAUUGGAGAUGACAGAAAAAUACAGAAACGAGGCAAUGAGAGAACGUCAGAGCCAGAAGAGAAGGGGCAGACUGGGGGAAGAAUGAUCACAAAAGAGAACUGUAAGGGAGAGGACAAAUGGAUAAAAAGAAAGAAGAAAAAUGAGGACUGGGGGGGCUGUGGUUAAACCAGAUGAUAGAGACCUAUUCAUGAGCCCAUACAGUAUAUUACAGAGAUUAUACCAAAGCUACACUAUUUUCCCCUUCUUUCUCUCACUUACUAACCCUAACCCUUGUAACCCGCCACCAACUUGUUUUUACAACUGGAAAGUCACAGCAGUCCUGUGCCUGGGGGUAUUAUAAUGUAUGUGUGUUAAUAUAUAAUAAUAAUGUGCGUUAAUGUGCUUUUAUUGCUCUAUUUUUUAUGUUGUGAGAGGAAAAAGUGGAGCGUUUCCAUGUGUUUUAUUCAAACACAUGAAUUAAAUUGGUUUCCUUUCCUGUAGUCUGAGCCCGCCUGUAAACACACUAGGUACUUUUCCCAGGUGAGGUCAAGAGAAGUGCACUGAUGUCACCGUGUCACAGUUGGUAAUUAUGGCUAACGCUGUUAGCCGCAGCUUAGAUGAGGUGAUUACCUGCUUCUGUAAGCAGUUGUUUCCUGUCAUGCCAUCUCAUACUCUUGCAUUAUAAAAACAAAACCACGAAAAAAGGACACAAAAAUACAGCUCAGGCUUAAAAAAGAAACUGCAACUUUUUGUGGCCACACAUGAAAAAACAAACAAACUGCACACAGGACACAGAGGGAGUAGCUGUGUGGUUGCCAGUAGUCUAUUAAUAGUGAGGUAAUAUAAAUACAAAGUGAGGCAGGUGGGGAGCAGAGCCUGACUGAAGUGAGGGAGGAGGCUGACAGUCUGGGAAGGGGAAACGAUUCAAUGGAGGCCACUGUUCACCUGCCUGUGUGUGUAAUCAAACUUACCUACCUGUCUAACUGGGGACUUUGUAUUUGAAACAAAUCCACCUAGAGGGGACCACCAAACAGAGAGGGCUCAUUUUCAAGUUUUUCAUGCUAAGAUCAUCUUCAAAUCCAUGAAGUGAAUCUGUGUGUGUGUGUGUGUGUGUGUGUGUGUGUGUGUGUGUAACAACAUGCUAGCAAGCGUAAUGAAAUAUCAGCCCUCAGCAGGAAGCACAUGUAUGCAAGUGUGUGUUUGUGCGUGUGUUUUGUCAUGUAUGAGAACUUAGCUGUGAGCGCCUCAGAGAGCGGGGACAAAGAGAAGGAUGAAGGAAGACAUAGGAGGGCCUCUCGUGUCCCCACUGAACCCUCCAAGCAAUGGGUAAACUGGGGCCCUGAUGCCCAUCUCCGUACCCCCAAAUAACCCCCUGCAGCACGGGGGCAUUUAAGUUCACACCACUGUGGGGCCCAAAAUAAACACAGAGACUUGAUAACAAUAUACAGUGUGCCUGGCUAAUGAAAUUCCUCCACAGUCACCGUGGUGUUCGAGUUUACUUCAAACUGCUAGGACAGACAGGACGUGUGAGGAGUGAAAUUCUGUUAUUCAUCAUUAAUUAUGGAGUUUAAUUGGCUGUAUUUCUUCUUUAAUGGAAAAAAUUGGCAGUACAUUCUGUUAAGUACAAAAAAGCAAGUGAAGGAGUGGGCGGAUGAGAAAUUGAGAAAGGAGUGGUGGGUCCCCUUGGACAAAGAUGCAUAUCUAAAAUUCAUCACAAUCUGGCUCAUAACCUCUCCAACAUCUCAUCUCUCUCUCUCUCUCUCUCUCUCUUUUAGACUUCCCGCCUCUCUUCUUUGUGUGCUUUUCAUAACAAACAAAAUGCCAUUAAAGGGAAACACUUCUGAAAAGUAAGAAGUAACUUGGCAACACUGUUGGCACAAGAGCAAGCACCACCUUCAUGCUUUGUUUCUUUUUGCAGUAAACAUCUCAAUAGGAAACAACUGAUACAAAGAAACUCUUAAUGGCAGAUGGUUCGGCGAGAUAACAAAAAAAAACAACAAUGAGAGCAGCAGGCAGUGUCAUUGGGAGUGCUUCAUUUUUGCAGUAAACAACCCUAAAACUGGACUUUCUCUUUUUUUUCCCACUGGGGAAUAUUCAAGUAGAAAAACAGCUGAGAAGGAGCUCAAAAGAGAGUUGGCCUCAGCUGCUGCGAGUGCAGCUUCCUACUGCUGUGGUUUAAAGGGCCUUUUUGGACCUCGUGUCCUGUGUCAACAGCCGCUGAGCACAGACAAUAUCAGUGUCUAGUUUUAAAUCACUUAUUUUUUGAGCCAAUGCGGACCUUACAGGUUUAUUGGCAUUUGUGUUUUAAAGCAUCUUUUUUUUUUUUUAAGAAAAGAUCUUGUUAAAAAUGGAUCUAGACAAACAAGAGUGGCUGACUGAAUGAGGUGAGGUUUAAAAACAACACACGACAUGCUCACUAGCUCACAAACAAGCUCCAAUGAUGCACACGUGUAAUCAGGCUUAAUCUUAUGCGACACACAUGAGCAGAUAGAGAAAGGUGAAUUAGGUUAUGCGGUCAUGAAACAAUAGUGUUGAUCUAGAAACUGGGAUUUCAAAGGAGCCUCUGGGGUCAGUAACACAGGAAAUGAUGCCAUCAUAGAAGAAGUGUGAGGAGGAUAGCUAAGGUAGAUUUAGGUUUCUUUGUAUGUCAUAAACUGUGUCACAUUUGCUGGAACAAUAGCUUCAGGUGUCGCUGCUUUUACUAUGAAGUCACACCUGUUCUGAAAGAAACUCCAAAAUGCACGAGACAAAAUCGUGAAAUGGGGAAAACAUCAGAGAGCUGCCUGCCUUCCUUUAUGUCUCAAAGCAGGAAGUCAUGUGAGUCUUAAAAGGGGCAGAGCCAAGGAGGGUCUCAGGAAGACCCGCGCUGUUGCUGGGAGAAAGCGUUACCAAGGUUUUUGUCUGUGUUUUUACAGACAGUGCGUGUGUGUGUAUGUGGGUGUGUGUGGGUGUUUGCCCUGCAAAGGUUAGGCUCUCGCCCAAGGCUUAAACACACUCGUAAAACACACAGUGACGACUCAGACACACAGUGUGAGUGUAUGCGUGUCAGACUCCUCCAACAACACCUCCUUCCUUUCUCCUGCUGCUCAGAUGGGAUGGAGGAGGAGGACAAGGAGGAGGUCUGACAGGACUGGAAGUGCUGACAUCAGCAGAGAAUGAGGCACACACACACACACACACACACACACACACACACACACACACAGACAGACACACAAAAGACAAGUACACAUAAGGUCAAACAGAAAUGCUCUCUGGUGCGGGGGGGUGUUUAGGUUUAGAAGAGCUAAACUGGUCUGCAGUUUCAGAGCCUGAAAGAAACAGAUUGAGGGAAGAAACUGUCUUAUUUCAGACUCACAUCUGAAGUUUACUAGUGUAAAUUUGAAAAGUGAAACACAAAAUCAACUUCACUUUAAUCUUUAACACCCAAUUAUUAUUUAAAAACAUAUGAAUUACUAAUUUUUAACUCUGGAUUUAUUUUAAAGUGACUAAUUUAAGUUUAAAUUCGUCUGAACAGACAAGUCAAGGAAACACUCAACUGGAAAGUUUUCACUUCUUUUAAAGCUCCUGUGAGGGAUUUUAGCAGUGCGUCAAUUUUGGUCCCCCUCCCGUGAACAAAGACUUAUUUUGUCAUCUACAUGCUUAAGUAGUGUCUUCUGACAUUAAUACCAUCUUGCUAGCUUUUAAAAUUUAAUUGCAUUAUUUGUUGUAAAAAAUAAACUGUUUAAGCUAACUCCCCCAACAUCUGUCUCAGGCAUUAAAAAUCACACUGUGGAAAUCGUAAGUCUUACUGCUAAUGGUCUUGUCGGCUUUUGUAGCUCAGAGGUAUCAACAUCAAUUCCAGUCUAUUUCAGAGCCAGAAAAUUAUCCUCACAGGAGCUUUAAACAUUUCUUGGAAAUAUUGAACUUUUUCACAGAGUUCUGGUUUUAUUAGAGCACUUAUCAAAGUGAACACUGUGAACUAGAAACACGGUAACUUUGCAGCCAUAUGAGCCAUUACUAAUAAAGGUGGCGUAAGCCAGAAACUUAUGUAAGUGACCUCCCUCUAAACUCUGUGUAUGAAAAACUAAAGAGAACAAAUGAAAUCAACAUUACUAAUGGAAACCACAUGAUUCAGCCAAACAAUACCACAUGAUGUUUCUAAACUGUGAUUACUUGUACCCAAAAUACCCCAAAAAUGCUUUAACCAUGGCAGCAGUUUAAAGUUGAACGUGGUAGUCCGUCUCUGACCUUCAGUGGAUGUUACUGGUGGUCAGUUUAAGUAAACAUUUUAAAAUUUUCCUCACUUUCUUGAGCACAAUAAGUUUGGUUUUAAAACUGUCUUGGAGUUUGAGAACUCAUGUUUUUUGCAAUGUCUGACAUGUUUUGAGAAAUUUUGGACCAGAAAACUGAUCCUGUGACUACACUGCAGCUAUUACAGCUAUGAGCAACAGCCAAAACUAAGAAAAUGAAACCCAGCUAGUAAUAAACAGGAAUUAUCCUUUAAGUGUGGUACAACAUACGGUAAAAAUCAGUGGUCUGUGGUUUGGUGUGUGUGUGUAUAAGUGUGUGUGCGUGUGUGUACUGUAUCUGUUUUUAGCACCAUAAGAGCGAAGAGCCCCAUGAACACCAGCGAGGCCCUGACACUAAUCCAGACCAGAUGUGUGCUCCACUGCUUCACAAAAACUUAUGAAACACACACACACACACACACACACACACAUAUACACAUACACGCGCGAUCACACAAACACGCUCACACACGCAUCAAACUAGAAGCAGCACUUCGUCAGUGGUCCCAAAACAAUGGAACUCGAUUUGUAGCCUAAUGUUUACUUAGCCAACAUGAUUAUGUGUAAUGCUAUUGUCGCCAUAAUCUGUCUCAAUGAGAUCAUAGCUCACCUUCAGGAGAGUUAAUUGGAGGUUUGAGAGGUCAUGAAAUGCCUCGUGUCAACAGAUAGAAAACAAGUCGACCCCUUUUCUGAUCCAAACUAAGUCCUGUGGGUGUGACCUGGAUAGAUCAGGCAGGGUUUAAGCGGGCUGUGUUGUGGAAACGGCAGGGCAAAGACACGGCACACCUCUGUGUUGCACACAUACACCAGAGCAGAGGUGGAUGUAGGGAAGGAGUAGCAAACAGGAAUGUAAACUCUCCACAGAUUAAUGUAAAUGCUACUCUAAAGGACAGUUUUUGACCAACAAGAGUUGAGGUUUGUUUUGCACAUCAAAGUCUUGCACCUAUAGACAAAGAAAAUCAGUAAUGCAGACAGUUUUUAACCAAGGAGAUAACAGUCAGGAAGACCAAGAUUUGUCAUUUCCUGUGUGUGCAUAAGAUUAACAGUCACUGACUUGAUACCAGAAAUUCAUGCAAGUAACUGAGGAAAAAAAAACAGCCUAAGUUAUAGCAAGAUGACAGAAUGGCUGUUGCAUGAUUUUCUGUAAAAAGUAAGAAAUCAGUGGUCUGACAUAAAUCUUUUAUGCGUAAACAUCCUUUACAUAAUCUAUAACUUUGUCCUCAGAUCACUUAAAGAGAACCCAUUCUGCUCUGUGCAGAUCUCAAGUCAGUCCUCAGUGGAGGUACAAGUAUGCACUCAGGGCAGAGGGGUGUUAAGGGAGGUAAUAAACCUCAGUCAACCCUUCACCCUUGCUACGCACAUAAAAACAGCAGGUCGUCCUCCCCUCCCUUACUUCCUCUCUCUGUCCACACACAUCUCCUUCCUUUGGCCCUCGCUGAAAAAUCACCCCUGCCGGAAAUAGCUGCAGACAGCGUGUUCUUUAUAUGUCACCUUGGUUUACUUUUGGUCACCAUAUUGUGGUUACAUUAGUUAGACCACUGCAGUGAGUACCAGGCUUUUUCCACAGAGUUGCCAUCUUGCACCCUUAUGUUUCUACAGUAGCACAGAACAGACGAAGUAGUGAGUGGCUGUGCUAAAUGCAUCAAUUACAAAAUGAAGAAGAGGAAAGGGGUUAUUGAUUGAUAGAUAUUUUUGAUGGCCAAAACUUGACAAAUGGAGGAUCAUACCUAACAUGCAUCACAGCAGCUCCUUACCCUUGACACCACUGUUUCUUGUGGGGCUUCACCAAUGGGAGGGGUGAGCAAGUGGGCAUUGUAGUCUAGGACCAGACCACUAGAAAUUGCCAAACAUUUCCAUUUCUACAGACUGUACCUUUAAUCCUAAGUGGCAAACUCUUUUUAAAUUUCAGUCAGUAUGUUUACGUGACACUCGAGAAAACCGAACUAUUGACUUACUCUGAUUAAGACCGGACAACUGAGAUGUAAACACCUUAGUCUGACUAUAAUCAGAGUUUGAGAACUCUGAUUGGAGUUUGAGAACUCUGAUUGAGACACCCAGAUAAUGGAAUGCAAUUUUCUCUACCAUGUAACCAGCGUAGUCGGAGUAUGAUUGGACGGUGCAUGUGUGCCACACCCCCGCAACCCUGGAACAAAAACACCAGACAAGAAGUGGCACGAGGAGUAGCAUGCACCUCAUCUGCAGAAAAAGUAGUGCGUACAUCAGGUACGACAAAAACAAUGCCGUACGAUGCUCCAUCUUCUUGCUCAAAAAAUGCCCAGCAGCAGUUGUAGCCACUUCUGACAUCUGGCAUGGACCUACUGUUUUUGUUGACAGUUGUAUGGGGUUGGAAACAGCGCCGCUGAAAAGACGCUUAUCGCCCCCUAGUAUUAGGGAGGAGGACACAUUCAUGUCAAUAAUUCAAUUUUCCCAGCUGCAUGAAUACGGGGACAAGGAGAGACGCACUGAGUGAUUUUCAGUUUCUACUCUUUGACUUGGUUUAUUGUAAUGGCAAUCACUGCAAAUACACACCAGGAGGUUUUUAAUGUAUUCCAGUCUUUUAAAAGUACUCAAAAUCAAAGUUUCAUCUGAAAGAUAAAACAGAACUUUCACUUAAAAACUGUGAACACCAAAAACCAACCCACUUUUCUUUGAUAUUGUCCUUGAAACAACUCUGUGGGAGGGAGUGUAGGCGGUCUCAUUUCCCAAACGUAUUCCUCAUCACCCGUUCCAUAUUUCCCUCAGGAACAACAACAUUCCCCUUCCUGAUAAUUAUGAAUGAUUCUGUCCUUCCCCCUCUCCUCCCUCUAUCCCUCCUCUCACCAGCGCUGCUAGAGUCUCAUAGAGAUGUGAUUAAUCAUGUAGACACCCUGCUAGUCUUAAUACCGAGGGUGCCCUCUUUUUCUCCCUCCCUCUCUUCUUCUACACUCUUUAUCUGUCACUCUGAAUUCCUAUCAAUCUGUCUCACACACACAGUCUGAAAGUCUCAUUCAUCACCUGUUCACACAGGAAACCCUAUAAUGCACACCAGUGAGAUCAUUAAAUGGUUGGCAUCUCCUGUUUUUUUUACCGUCUCUCUAUAAACUUAAUGCUCUCUCUGCAAUCGCUCUUCAUAUGUGUGUGUGUGUGUUAAUGUGUGCACAUCUGUCAUCAGUGCGCUCAUUCAGCAGGAUAAAAUACGAUAAUCAUGGCUAGCAGACCGGCCUCUGUUCCACGGCUAUUUUUAGAUGUCAGAUGUUGAAAUAGUUCACAAUCUUAAAAAGGGCAGGCCGCGAGUCACCCUAGCAUGGCACAGGAUUUGUAAACCAGACUGAAGGGAAAAACACUUACAACUUUCAUUUCAUGGCGCAAAUAAAUUUCAUAACCGCAGUAAGUUUAUCACACUGUAAAAUAAAGCCCGAGUUUCUUCAAUGGUGGAUGCUUUAAUUGUGCGCCGUCAAAACCAACCAAUAAAAGUGACUUUUUUUUUUUUUUUUAAGGAACUUAUGUAAAUGUUUAUAUACAAUGCACUGUAAUGUCUGGGCAUUGAAAUGGUAUAUAAAAUACCCCGAAGCACUGAAGAUCUGUCUUGAAGCAGAAAAUGUCUUUUGACAUCCAUACCAAGGAAACUACACCUUUAAGUUCUGAGGUUGUGUUACCCAGACAAAAAUUGAAAGCGUGGGAGAAAGCUCCUUUACCAAAGUGUGAGUCAUACUUAUAGGAUUUUAUAGGAUCAGUGUUACAAAGCUGCUUAUUUUGCCAGAAUGCUUAAAAAGAAAACCCAAUCCUAUUUGGUUAAUAGUUACUCAACUGACAGAAGAGUUUAACUCUUAAAAGCCCAUUCUCAUGUGUAUAUAUAUUGAUGCCAUUUUUGAGUCUGGUGUUGCUAGAAAUUUGAAAAUAUCAGAAACAGUUGUUUGCACAGAGAAGGACUGCUGCUCUGCUCUCUUGCCUGCCUCUUUCUCCCUCUGUCUGAAUAAGUCGUCUUUGUCUUUGCUGGGAUGUUUCUGUUGUCAGUGUUCCUGCCUCUGUGUGUGUGUGUGUGUGUGUGUGUGUGUGUGUGUGUGUGUGUGUGUGUGUGUGUGUGUGUGUGUGUGUGUGUGUGUGUGUGUGUGUGUGUGUGUGUGUUCUUGGCAGGUCCAGUUGCUGCUUAGCUUAAGGACGGCGUGUCCUAGAACUGAGGUUGAUAAAGCCCGGCAGGGAUGUCCUGAGUUUUCCCAAACCAAUGCGUACACAUGUCAGGAUGAACAGCAUGUUUGGGGACCCACCCUGGCUGCACACACUACGUUGGUUUGGGACACUGGAUUAAAAGUGUGGGUGGAAAUACCUGCUUGAUAGAUUUUCCUCCUUUCCGCUUUUCUGUUUGCAUGUGUGUUUGUACAUGUGUGUGCUUAACCUCGCACUGUGACCAUGAGCUAAUGCCCAAUAAGAAACUGAGUUGACCAGCUCUGAUCAAAACAAACAGACAUAACGAAACUCUCAUUGGAGUAAUGUGACUGGCCGUGCCUCUGAAACAGGCUGCUCUGAUUGGCUGCCUGGGGUGGGCUGGGUCCACAAACUCUCCCACCUCAGGCUGACUGAUUGGAUCCAAUCGGAGAGUAAACAAGUAGUUCUUUGAGCAUGUGGCCUCACAUAAUUCAGAACACACGGCGUGCAGGCCAAGAAAACUAGAGAAGAGAGGAGAGGAGGGGAGACAGAUGGAGAGAUAGAGAAGAAAGAGAAGGAAAAGGAAAAAGAGGUUGACUUUGCAGGAGUAAAGAGCAAGCUUUCGUGUAAAUGUGUUCGUUUUCAAUACAAAUUCAUUGUCGGAGGAACUUGGUAUUGGAAUUACUCAAUAGUAAUGGAUUUCUCUGCAUUGUAAAUGGUUUGGGCCAUUUUCAUCAACAAAACUCUAAAUCUACUUACUGAAUUUAUCCGAUAAAAUUGUGUUUGUGUUUGCAACUGUUACUGGGAAAACCUCAAGUCAAAUUUAUUCACCAAAAAAAAGAGGAGACGAGGGGGAAUAAGAGGAGGAAUAAAAUCAGAAUGGAUGUGUAACAGGAUUCCUUCUGCCAACCUCCAGAUCCCCAUCCAGUGUACACACAUAUAACACACACACACACACAAGCAAGAAGACAGAGACACCCAGCUGGCCGAGAAACUCGCAUAUGAUUGAAGAGAAUGGAAUGUUCUGUCUGCCGUCCAGAGCUGGAACCUGGACUCAAAAAAUGAGCGUGUGCGUCUGUGUGUGUGUGUGUGGGUGGGGGGGAGGGGGUCACGGUAUAAAUAACCGCCCUCUCUCUGCAGUGUAACACAGACCAGCCAGGCUGUUUAUUUAUAAAGGGCCUCAUACGUGUCAAAACCUGCAUGUUGUCUGCCCCUCGCUACCUUUCUACACUUUGACUGCUGCCCUGAUGUAUGCACUUCUUCAGUUCUCAUAUCAAGCACUUCACUUCAUGAGUCAUGACUGUAAAAAUAAUCUUGUGUUCGUACUAGAUCUGGGCAAUUAAUCAGAUUUUAAUUUUGGCUCCCCAUGAUCAUUAAAAUAUGUUACACAAGACUGAACAGUUCUUAUCCCACCUGUCGCGUUGCCCGCCUUCGUAUCACCCAGACAAACAUGCUGUCAUGUGAGAUGCUCCAGAGUAGUUUCCCCAGCAAAUCCAUUGACUGUAAAUAAAGAUAGCUGACACACUGUCAUUUCUUCCCAAUGUAAAAGUGAAGCCAAAAUGGUGUUUUGACAAGUGCAGACAAAUUGCAUUAUUUACAUAUUUUUGGAGCCAGAGUCUUUACUGAAGCAACCUGGCUAGUUCAGCCCCAGAGUUGCAUCACAUCUCUUCUGUAAAAGACCCACUCUGAAGAAAAUCUUGUUUUUCUUGUUUUUUACAUGUUCAUGUGGUAUUUUUCUGAUGCUAUAGGACAUAUCACGAGAAAACUAUGAGUAUUUCUGCAUUCAAAUUGCGGUGAAUCUCUGGCAGACCCAAACUGCAGGCUCUGAAACAGUGCGAUUUCCUAUGUAGCAAAUCCAAGCUACCCCUCAGAGCCCUGUAAUGCAGGCCAGGCUCAGAGAAAUAGAGAGAACAAUCAUGGAACAGGCGUGUGCGUUAGCGGAUUGCAGUGCUCGUAAGAAAGCUAAUUAACUUUCAUCAUGUCCCCAAAGACACAAGUGUCCGGAAGCCGAAUAGCUCCUAUGUUACCUGCAACUUCUACUACAACGGCAACGUUAGCCUGCAAGCUUACGCAAAGAGAAGUGUGUAAAGCAGUGCCGUCUCUGCCCACGACUCAGAGGCGAAUUGCUAAUGAGGCACUGGAGCUCUGCAGAACGAAAGCCUUUGAAAAUGACACAGGUAACAUGAUUUUGGCUAAAAAAAACUUCAUAAUCACAAUUUACAGACCACUGAGAACACUUUAAGAAGUUAAAAAAUGAUUGGAGUAGGACUUAAAACAAAACACAUAUUUAGUAUACAGCUAAAAUGGAAAGUAGAACAGUCAAUGGCUGAUCUAAGGAAGACCCUCAGAGAAAUUAAAAGUAGAUUGGCUUUUGUGUCAUUUUUUUUUCUCUACUAAUCUGGUAAUGAAUGCUGCACGGGCUGGGGUCACAUCCACCCUUUUGGCGUCAUAUAUCUGAUUGAAACCAAUCUUAGAGAAAUGAGCAACAUACAAAUGUAUGUUUUUAUCCUACAGUUUGACUCACGUUCCAUCUGUUGAGAUCGAGGAGAUGGACUUCAUGGCUGAUACUGAAGCCAAUCGCCAAGAGGGGCUCCAAAUGUUUAAGGCUUUACUUUUGCAGAGUUUCCAUCCAUCUGUUCAGUCUAUAAGCAAAAUCUAUGUAGCUUACCCGAAUCUGCUCUCAAGUGUAUUUUAUUUUAAAAACAAACGUGUGAGGUUUUUCCAAAUACAGAGAAUGUACUCAGUGAAAGCUAUUAUUCAAACAUAAUGGCCUCCUGAUUCUUUCAUGUAUGUUAUUGGGAGAUUUUCACAUGAUUGAUUUUAAGGUUGAACUCUUUAAUCACCAUCUCCUUUGUUUCUUUUGCUUUUGUAACAUCUUAUCGCCAUCAUCCUUCUGUCAGUCAUUUGCUUGGGUGCUACUUGUCACCUGUUUGCACAAAGUUAAUCUUAUUUGCAUUUUCUCAAGAAUGAGCACUUUAGGGCGAGACAAGCAUUUUUUCAACCGCAGCCUUUAGUCAAUCCUUCGUCUUAAAUGUUCUCUAGCGUUGCGCAAGCCGUCCGCUUGACCCAGCAGCGGUUACUGUUGACAUUAGAUGCAGAUUAGUGUCGGUUUACAUAAUGGCUGAUAAAGUGCGGUUAUGUUUGGCUUGGACCCACACAUACAUACACACUGUGUCAGUGGGUGGUGAAGUACAGCAGAGGUGUAAGGCUCAGGUCACAGAGUGUGUCCAAUCAGGGAAGUGGUAGCAGGGUCGUUGGGGGUGUGGUUUGUGAGCAAGAGGCGAGAGCUUCGUCCUCAGAGCACUUUGACCUCUGACACUGUGCUGUCUCCAGGCUCCAGGACGCUGUGACCCUGUGACCCAACACUUUCCUGCAGCACAGUACAAGAAAAGCUGUGAGUGUGUGUGUUUAGUUUUUUUUUUCUCUGUGUGUGUUUUUCUCUGCGUCUAAAGGCAGGAAAGGUCAAGUCUAGGUUAGACUGACCAUUAAAAUGUUUCACUUAGGCACAGACAGACUACAAAAAAUUGAAAAUGACCCAGUUCAUACAUUUGAGUUAGAAAUUUUCUGUAGCUGGGUGAUGAAACACGCUUGCAACACCAUGCAGACCCUCCCUUUUCUGUACUGCCUGGCUACGCGAACCAAUUUCCCCUCAACCAAUCACUGCUGGAGCAGGAACAGCGAGAACCAAUCAGGAAGCACUCCUGGAGUCCUUUGAACCAACCAGAGGAUGCUGCCUCGGGAGUAACAUCACAAGUCUGAGUUUUUAAUUUCCACGCCUAUACAAUGUGCAUCUGUAUGAAUGAAACUGACACCAAAUCUCCUUGAAAUGCCUUUUUGAAAUGUCUCAUGUGCUCACGCCUUCAGAUUUACAUUAAUGUGGAGACGCGGGGAACCCACCUACGCACCUUCACAAAUCAGAAUAAUCAGAGAAAGGAGAGUGAGAUUCCUGGCGGUGUUGCUGACAGUGAUUAAUUGUUCCCACAUGUUACUGACGGACAAAAAGGCCUCUGUAUUCUUGAACUCUGGCUGCAGCUGGUUGACACACACACACACACACACACACACACAGCUGGGGCCUGUCCAUGAAAAGAGUUCAGCUUUGUCGAGCUAUCUUGGUGUUAGUUUGCUUCAAAAAUGCCACAGUGUUGAACCUGGAUAACCGGUCUCAUGAACAGUCGCCUCUGUUGACCCAGCAUUAUGUGCACCAAGUUUUUCAGACCAGCUGAGGUAAAGUCUUUAUCAAAUACAGAGAGCAGCAACAUAAAGAGCACUCAGUUUGAUAAGUCGGGUAGCAUUGGUAUUUCAGUUCUACAAUAAGGGUUCUUGGUAAGGUAGAGCACUCAAGGCCCUUUAUUCAACAGUGUGUGUCAACUGAGGACAAGUCCCAACAUGUUUCCUUUUGUUCGCGUGCACCAGUCACUCUUGAAUACUUUUAUGAAAAAUAUAUAUUUGGAGAAAAUUGUAAAAAUUCAGAUUGUUCAUAUAAUGUCAGUGAGAUACAAAACAGAUUUUUUUGUGAUUAAAGCUGAUCUCUAAAUUUAACAAAUUAAUUAGUUAAUUAAGGGGAUAUAAAAAAAGGAUAUAAAGCUAAAAAAUAGUACUCAAACAGAGAUCAUAAGGCAUCAAAAGCAUUCCCAAAAUUAGCAAGGCAGUGUCAGCAGCAUCAUUAUCUCUUUAAAGGUCGUUGCUGUGAGCUGUGUUGAUGUUGGUGUGUUAUUUAGCUCCUGCUGCAGCAUAGUAGGAGUUAUGAAUCAGAGCUGCUGUCUCAGUGAGCUGUUUUUAUUAAUGGACUUUGGGAAUACCCCGGAGGAGGUACAGUAGUAAACAUAAAGCAUCCCACCCACACAGUGAUGCACCAUGCAGACACACAUGCUGAAACCCAUGGAGCGUAUACGUUGUGCGAAUAAAAGCAUAGAAUCGUCAUGUCGGUUUUAUUACUCCUAAAGCGCUGCCUGACAGGGUUUAACAGCAGGUAUAUAUUAGAAAAAAACAGUGGUAAUGAAACAACAAAAGAGUCAAGAAAGAGACAUAAUGCUUAUUGAUUUCUGCUAUUAAAUCUGUUAAAUUAUGAAUAAGAGUUACAGAUUAGAAAGAAUAAGACAGGUGAGUUUGAUUCAUUUUGUGAUCUACUGCUUUCACAACAUAUAUUAUAUAUUGAGUAGAUACACUUUUUCUGCUCAUUCCAACCCUUUCAAUACGGUCCAUGCUUUGGCUGCAGAUGUCCUGCUCCCUUUUAUUGCUGCUCCAUCAGGCCGGGUUAAAUAUAUUUCACUUGACAUUUCAAGGAUCAGGCAGCGGCACUGGAAAAAGAGUAACAUUAAAGAAGUGGGAGGGAGCAGAGAGGUUGGGGCUGAAAGAAGUGUAGGAUGGAGGAAGCAAGGGAUGAGGAUUGAUGAAGUGUCAGGUGCUGGCAGGUAAAUGUUUACAGCAGGAGCAGGAGAAGGAAACUCACAUUUCAUUCAUUCUGCGUUAAUUCAUGGCUCUAAAAGUGCUUCUUUUCCAUGACAAAGCCAAUCUUCUGCCAUUAUUUACAUCUUCCUUGCAGCUGGAAACAUUUAGCCAAUGUGUUUUUUAGUGUGUGCGGGGAGUGUGUACGUGUUUGCGAGUAUAUGUGUAAAAUGUUCUGUAAUGAAGAAGUGUUACGUCAUUCCCCCAGAGAUGCUUGCAGAGGAUAAACACUGGUCUCCCUGGUAUCUCUUCUCCUAUUACCUCAUUGAACAAAGCACACAAACUCACUUGGGAUGCAUACAUUCUUUUUUGUACUUCAUUCAUGAUCAAUUGCAGUUUUUUAUGUGUUCACUAACGCACAGCAGUGGUUAAAAAACGUUUGCACAUAUAAUUGCUGCAAAUGCAAAACUAGGCAUUCCCGUAAAACUACACUUUAAAGGGUCAUAGGUUCAGUUUGGCCCCGGAGAUCUCUCUCUCUCUGCCAACGUAGCAUUGGGAACAGUAACUUAAGCCUGCUUUUUCUCCUCUCUGAUUGAACUGCCUUUGACCAGAAAAACAAUCCAGACCAAAUUGUCUGUAAACUGUUGCCCAGGCAAGACAGGCCUGCUUCAUGGAAAACAAUAUUGUGAUUCCCACAAAAACUCACAAAAUUUUGGCCCUCGCAGUUAGGAGCGCAGAAAUCUGCUCUGUUUUAGAGAGUAAAAAUAUACAGAGGAGAAAAACAAGGAGUGAAAACUGCAUGCAUGUCGUGGAUGGCGGUUGGGUUGUUUAUAUGGGAGGAUAUAGCAUGGCCCCAGAAUCCCUCAGGGCCCAUCAGAGCUAUGUGUUUGUGAAACAACAGAAACUGCGGAAGAGGAAGGGGGUAUGGAGAAAGAAGGAGACUGAGGCAAAGUAAGGAAUUCAGCAAGGACAGGAUUUGUGGGGCACAAAAAAGCAAAAUGAAGGAUAAAAAAAAACUGUAGUAAAAGAGAAGUCACGUUAAAAAGUCACACAUUAGUUAUCUGGAAUAGGACUUUACCUUUAAUCUUUAUUGUACCAUGUUUCAUAGAGCUAAUUUCAUCUCAGUGAGCUGAUAUUUGAGUGUGACUGUUCAGUGGAGACUGAAGGCGGGUUAAAGCUCUUGUGAGGAUUUUUUUACUUUUAGGAAGAGGAUUGAAAUUAAUAUUCAUGCGUUUUUUAUGAUAUCCAAAAAUCAACAACACUAUCAGGGACAAGGUUGGCUAUUUGUAAAUCAUCAUUUUUAAUGCCUAAAACUGGUGCGAGUGGGUAUGCGGGAGCCGAGCAGCUCAAGAAAAAGCUCUGUAGUAACUGAUUCCAGAUAAAGAAUUCAUGAUCAAUGAUAAAUAUGACUGUCAAAAGUCAUCAGGAUGAGAUUUUUUUUUCAUUAUUUGAGGAUGUAGAGGACAAGAUGAGCGAAGACUGCUCUAUCCAAAAGGGGAUAAAGUUGAUACAAACCCCAAGUUCCUCAUGGGAGCUUUAAUAGCAAAAGUAGCAUUUCACAAUUACACAGGACUGUAUACAUGGAAGUAUCUGUUAACUACCAAAGAUUGUCCGUCUGAAGUCUUAACAAAGACUCUUAACAAAGUCUUAAGUGUAGCCACAAGUCAUUCAACAGGGAACUGAUAUCAUAGUUGGUUGUGAGUAAGUUACUUGAACCAUGUGUUGAAAAUAAAACUCUCCCCUUAGGAAGUGCUCAGACAAAGCAGUGCUUUGAGCUAAAUGCUAGCCUGCUCACAUGCUAACAUGCUUAUGCUCAGCAGUUAUUCCAUUACUCAAUACCAUCAGUUAGAGUGGGAGCCUAAUAAAAUUUGCUUGUUAGCACACAUAGUUUAAGUACGUGUACACCAACACUGAUGUAAAAUAAAGAAUGUCUGUUUGGUAUGUAAACAAGGCUAUUAGUGCAGCAACAAGUGACUCAACAGGGGUGUUAUAUCACAGUUGGAGCAUUAAAUGUGUACUUACAUCACUGGGUUGUGAAUAGAACUCUUGAUCAUUAACAGAGGCUGUCAUGUGCAACGGUUCCCCCACAAUAACCUCUGAGGCUUGCACAAGGAAGGAUCUCAGAGUUGAUCAAUAAACACCAACCAGCGCUUACACACAAGAACGCACAAACACACAUGAUCUGACAUUGAAUGCUUUCCUCAAGCAACACAGGGGCUCUUUGUGUGUGUCGUUCAUAAUCGAAGAGAUGCUUGAUUAUAGACCGCUGUCUCUCUUUUCUCUUUUAUACCCACAACACAAAAGCUACAGUGGCAACAAUGCAGGCAUCAGCACUAAGUGCUGCAGCAAUAAUGUGUUCUUGUCUAUAUUCAGUGAAUGAACAAUUAAACAAGAGGAUUUUGGUUGUCUGUGUGUGGAGUCACUAAGAGCUGUUUACAUUGCUUCAGAAUCAGUAGAAGUAAGUGGUUUAUGGAUCUGUGUUGUUGGACUUACUGAGAGGUAUUCAUUGAAUGCUGUAUAGAUGAAAAGGAAAGGAAGAAUACAACAAAUCAAUUCUGAUGGCAGCCAUUGUUCAAGUAAUUGUUUCAAAAGGAAUUUAUGCAAAUCUCUCAACAAAGUGUCUUCUCUCUCUUCUUUGUGUUACAGAACUCCAUCCGGCACAACCUUUCCCUACACAGUCGAUUUAUCCGAGUCCAGAAUGAGGGAACAGGGAAGAGUUCUUGGUGGAUGAUCAACCCAGAGGGAGGGAAGGGUGGAAAGGCUCCCCGACGUCGUGCAGUCUCCAUGGACAACAGCAAUAAGUAUACAAAGUCGGCUCGUGGUCGUGCUGCCAAGAAGAAGGCUGCCCUGCAGGCUGCAGCUGCUGCAGCUGGCGAAGGUGGCGGGGACAGUCCCUCAGGUCUCUCCAAGUGGCCUGGAAGCCCAACAUCGCGCAGCAGUGAGGAGCUUGAUGCCUGGACAGACUUCCGCUCCAGAACUAAUUCCAAUGCCAGCACACUCAGUGGUCGCCUCUCACCCAUUUUGGCAAACCCAGAGCUUGACGAGGUGCCGGAUGAUGAGCCUCCACUUUCGCCAAUGCUCUAUUCCAGCCCUGGCAGAGCUCUUUCUCCCAGCAAUGGCUCAACCAAUGGAAAGUCUAAUCCAACUGAGCUGCCUCGUCUGGCAGACCUUGCAGGUACAAUGAACCUGAAUGAUGGACUCACAGAUGACCUGAUGGAUGAACUUCUGGAUAACAUCAACCUGGUGCCAACCGUUCCGGGACAGACUGCCCCUAAUGGUUCCUCAGGGUUCAAUUUUGGGUCCAAACCUAACGGGCUCAGCUCACCUUCUUCCACCACCUCCCCUUCCCCUAACUCUUCUUCUAACGGUGGAGUCAAUGGUUACAGUAACUCCAUCUUCAGCCCCCAUACGACUGGCUCCACUCUGCGUCCGUCCCCUAUGCAGACCAUCCAGGAGAACAAGCAGACCUCCUUCUCCAGCAUCAGCCUGUCUCGCUUUGGCAGCCAGACACUACAAGACCUGCUCAACUCUGACAGCCAUAGCCACAGUGAUGUCAUGAUGACGCAGUCGGACCCACUGAUGUCACAGGCCAGUGCUGCUGCUGUCAUUUCCCAGAACUCCCGCCGUGGCCUCAUGCUCAGAAAUGAUCCUGUAAUGACCUUUGGGACCACUGGAGGACUUCAUGGUAGCCAAGGGGAGAUGAUUCAAAGUAACAACCACAAUCAGAGCUCUCUGAGAGUCUUAAACGGAGGCCUGAACCUUGCCAAUGAGGCUAACCUGGCAAAUGCCAAGCAGCAGCUCUUGCUCUCUCCCUUAGGAAACGGUUCCUCAUCCAUGCAGAUUGACACUUCGAUCUUCCUAAACGGAACAGUCAGCAGCAAUGGGGGGAUCUGCCAGGACCGUUUUCCCACAGAUCUGGAUCUGGACAUGUUCAACAGCAGCUUGGAGUGUGACAUGGACUCCAUAAUCAGGAAUGAGCUGAUGGACGCAGAUGGCCUGGAUUUUAACUUUGACUCUUUGGCCAAUCUGAAUGGAGUUGGCAACUUCGUAAAUGCCAAGCAGACCUCCCAGAGCUGGGUACCUGGCUGAGAGGGUCAGGCAGGAGGAGCAGAGCAGGUUUGUAUUUGUGAAAUGUAUUCAUUGGUUGUAGCAGGUGAGAAAAGGACAGCAUACUCAGAUGUAGGUGUAAGUGAUAAAGAUUUGUCUGUAUGCAGAUGAUACAAACUUUUCUCCCACAGUAUCUAAUAUCAGCAUCCAGUGGUGUUUUCAUGAUUAGAUCUGAUGUCAGCUGGGCUAAAUUUGUCAAAUGUUUUUAAUUCAGUGAAAUUUGUUGCACUCUGUUUUAAAUCAUUAUGUUAUCCACUUUACAUAGAAGUUUUAUAUGCUAUAGAACUACUGGUGGUCUUUGGUGGUGGAAAUAAGGUCUUUGGCUGAUUCCUGCCUCUACUGACUACAAUGAAUUUAAUCUGUACUGCUUCAAAAAAUUUCCCCAAACCACAACUAAUUACACAGUUUUUCUUGAGUGUUUCUAUGACUCCACUUGCAAAAAAAGACAAUUUUUGGUAAUGUUAUUCCCCAUUCCUAUAACUAAGACAAAUUUUUAGGGUCACAUUUAACUUUUGGAAAUGCUUUUGCUAAUUUUUUUUAGAAUUAUUUAUUACAAGACUGAAGUCUUAGUAAAAUUACUUUCUCACAACAAUAAAGGCAUAAGAAAAUCAAUUUGCGUCAUUAUGAUAUCUUCAUCAUGAUGUUACGAAAAUAACAUUAUCAAGUCACAAUAUUACUAGACAAUAAGUCUUUACAUUUUAAGAAUUAAGUCAUGACAAAGUUGUAGUUUUGGUUUAUGAUGAGCAACCAGCUGUGUCGAAAUGAGGGGGGUGGAGGGUCUUGUUAAAUUGUACUUUAUGUUUUGGCCUGAUCCUUUUUCCUCCAUUCAUGAAAAUAAGGGCCUCAGAAAGGCUCUUGAAACUGUAAAGAGAAACAAUGCCUCAUUCGUUAUUGUCAGUACUUAAUGUUUAGCAAUAAAACACUGCAACCUGCUACAUGUUAUGAUGCUUUUAUUUUCAAACAAAAACAGGAAGCACCGCUUGGGUAGCUUUAUACACCCUUGCCCUCAAAGUAAAAAAGCAUCUUAGAAGUGUUGUGUUUGGUGUUUUAUUGUCUUGAAAUUAUUUUUCAAACUCUGAUUAAUGAUGUCAUGUCAUUUAUCUCCUCAGGUCUGAACUGUGUUGAAGAGAAGAUUAGACACACAAUAUCCUUUUUGCCAAACCUGCCAUCAGCACAACUAAAAAAAAAACAAACCCUGUGUUUACAGAAGAAGACUUCCUCUUGAGAGCUUUACCUUCGCUCCCACACCGGUGCACCAUGAACAAUCUGUCAGACUCUAGAGAUGCUGCACAUUAGCCCUCAAAGCCUCCUGUGAAAAAACAACAACAGAAAGAAAGCUAUGUCAAACUCACAAAUCUUAGAAUUAUGCAAUUUUCCUUACACACCUUGUCUGUUGACAUAAAGAGAUACUGCUUACCAGAAGGGGUUUCAGUCGGACUAAAUACAAGGAUGAGAGAUCAAGCGGAGAUUGAAGGAGUACACGGUGCAGUUGUUCCCAUUCAAGACAAAAAACAAAAAGAAAGUGUAAAGUGAAACGAUCUUGAAGUGAUGACGGUGUAAAUCUGAUCCAUGUGUUUCCUGGGAUAUGUUAUGUUAAAAAAAAAAUUUCCUCUAUUUUAACUUAGUGAUUUUAAAUGUUCAGUGUUGUUUUUGGAUAUUUUGUUUAAUCAUAAAUGUUCCUGCAUCAUACAUGUUUGUACAAAGAGAACUUGUAUAUUGAUGAAAUGAUCUUAUGGAAACAGAACACUGAGUGGUCACGUCGACAGUUCAUGCAAACAUACCAACAGACAAAUUAACAUUUUGCAUCACAACCAGAGAACCUUUCAAGGUUAAAAACUUCUGAUUGAAUGCCAUGCACUUCCAGUUAUGAUUUAAGAAUUGCUUGAGUUGAAUUAAAUGCAUCCAAAUGAGACAAAUUAGAAAUCACCUCUUAUCUUUCAUGUAUACUUUACUCAAAAUGGCAAAAGAGAAGAGGAAGAACUCUGUGUCAUGGAUAUUUGUACAGAGCAGGGCAGUGUUUCAGUCUUAAAAGGAGGGAGGAAAGACUUUGUAUGUCUAGACUUUUACUCCAAGUUCUGAUCGAGGUUGUUAUCACUGCAUUUGAUGUAGCCAAAAUAAAUACCUGUGUCCUAGAGUUGUGAACAUUUCCACACCAUAACAGGUGCUAUGUAAACAGUGUUGAAUCCUGCCCCGAGAGCUAGCCGUGCGUUUUGUGUGUUUGUUAUAUUUUCUGUUGUUACUUAUGACUCGCAGAAGCACUUGUAGCACGGCGAGGUUGAACCUGGAAACGGAGGGUGGAGGUCAGGGCAGGGCAGGGUUUUUUUUUUUUUAGGCUCAUUCCUCUAGAAGCUAUUUGUUUCUUGAGUAACACAAUAAGCUAUCUCUGUAUAUUGCCAAAUUACUUGAAACAGACAGUAGGAUAUGCUGGCAGCCAAAUCACAGCACACACACACGCACACGCACACUCUCUCUUACACACACACACAUAUAAAUAUAUAUAUAAAGAGAAAAAUUAAUAACAGGGAUCUGUGUUAAGCUCUGCUUUUUUCCUGUCUCGAGCUUGUGGGGCUUGUUAUGCAUAUUUAGAAUCACUCAGGGGGGAAAGGGAGGCUUUCUGUUAACAUAACAUCAAGUCACAUUCUAAUGGUGUUUUAACAUUACUUGAUAAAAACAAUGAUGCUUUGUGUUUGUGAACUUGUAACCUGUGAACCUGUUUUGGGCCGUCAAUAUGAAGAGGUGGAAGGAGGACAAACGUCAGAAUGAAGACUUCACUUGGUCUUUGAGUUCUGGUUUUGCUGUCAUUGUUUUUUUCUCUCUCUCUCUUUGUCAGACUUGUGACACACACACACACACAUAUCCCCUCAUGGACACGCCUGGUGCUCCUACAGGUGACUCCCUGUAUUUCCUGAAUACACAUUAAUAUGUGUGUGUGUGUGCGUGUGUGUGUGCGUGUGUGUGAUUUUAUCGGUAAAGUUUAUUUCUUUUGGAUUAAUCUCACGAGGAUGCAUAAUCCCUUCACUUAUCCCUCAUGGUGCAUACAGCAUAGCUGACUGUAUGCAUGUAUGUAUUUAUGCAUUAUGAAUUGUGUGAAAUGCAUAUAUACUCGCAGUGUAUGUCCUUAUAUACUCAUGUAGUACUUGACCCUUGGAUUUUGUGAUACCUCUGAAGGUAAAGGUGAAGAAAUAAUGAACAAGGUUACACGCUGAAUAGAGGGAACACUGUUACCAGCAAUUUCAUUGUUGUUGAACCAGAUUUUGAAAAAUGGUGGAGAACACUAUUGUUGUAGCAUCUGGUGACCCUGGUAUCCCUUCUUUUUUUGGGGGGUAGUGUAUGGAAAUACACACCCCGCUGUGUAUAAUAGUGUACAGAUGUGUGUAUAUCACUUUGAGGCCAAGGCAGAGGAGCGCGUGUGCAUGGUUGGCUAGGAUAAACCUCUGUGAUAUCUGAGGUUUAGUGCAUGAUCUAGCUGCCCCCCCCCCCCUCCCCCCCAAUACUUUAAACUGUGCCGUCCUGCAAGAAAAAUUGUAAUACUGAGGAGGAAUCCUGUGUCUCUAGCAUGAAUAGAUACACUUUUUUUUUUCUUUUUCAAAAUCAGGGCCUACUUUUGCACCAUCCUCCUAUUAAAGGGUUAAAUGUUCUUAUUACUUGUGUGUGUAUAUGGACACAGACGCAGGGAAAAGCCUCUUUAAUGGACGUUCCUCAACUUCACACUUGAUGUAUUCCAUGUGGAGGACAGUAGAUAUACGUCCAGGUGCUCUAUGUAAACAUUAAUAACUUCUUUUUGGGAUUCUCCCAACUGGUCACUUCUAGGGUUUUCACCGUUUUAGUCAUAGGGAAUCCUGACCCCCUUUUGAGUCCAUCUACACUGAUAAUAAUAAAGAAAGAAGGUCUGACAAGGUGAAUCCAGGAAUUACUGAUCCUUGAUAAACUGCUCAUUUCAGUUGCAGGAAUUUGUUUAAUCCAAUCAGUGAAAAAUCUGUUCAGGGAGAUAGUUUACACCCAAAGUGGAGCAGGCUUUCCACAAAACCACUCAGAGUCGGUCAGUUAGGCAGCAAUGAUUUCCUCUUGUGCCCAUCACACGCACAUGCAGCACCACUUGUGCAAAUUUAGAGCUAAGAAAAGCAAAAAAAGUAGAAGUGACAUACCACUAGACACCUUCAUCACCUCUUCUUGGACAUUUUCUUUUCACUCUCCACUCUCAUAUUGUUUCCAUCUUUGUUAAGACACCCUAGCCGGCUCUUCUCCAUACGUCCUCUGAACUUAGUCCUCUGACCUUUGCCCUUUAUUAAUCUUGCUUCUUCUUGAUCUUGAUGUUAGUGGGUAUUUUUCCUGUGUAUUCCAUUUUGAAUUGUAAUCUAGUUUGUAUAAGAAAUGGUGCGCAUGUAAAUAAAGCUCGGUGAGGCUCCACACUUU